AUGACACUUCAAACUUUAUAUAGCAGGUUCGUAAAGCCACAGGAACCUAUAUACUUGCAUAGCACCUCAGUUUCAAGAAAAUAAUCCUUUCAACAGGAAAGGACCAAGAAACUGUCAAAUGUUGGAAAGAAGGAAUCCAUUCCUAAGCAAAAUACGCAUGAUUUGCUCGUUGGUACUCUAUCGAUAGGUAUACCUCGUAAGAAUGCUAAUUCUGAAAAUAACAAGAAAAAUGGAUUGGUGUUGUUAAAGCCUGUAAAGAGGAAAAGUGAUAAGCUUUGUACUCUAUAAUUCUAUGAUUCAAUGUAACAGAUGGCCCUUUAUAGCACUAGUGGCUCACUAUCCCUGGAAGUUGGUCUAACUGGUUUUUUUUUUUUAAAUGCCUGACUCUUAAAAUAAUGGCAAGUAAGUUUCUGCUAAAAGAAAAAGGUUUCAAAGGCAUUCACUUGAGAGGGGACUUAAAUAUAACUUUUACAAGCCUGCGUAUUAAGUUUACUUUAUAUCCCUCGUUUUAAGUUAUUAUUGUUAUUAUUUUAUCAUUUCCAGCCAAGGGUUGAUCAGUAUUUUACACAAAUCAACAAAAUAAUUCAAGCAAGGAUAACGUCAUCACGUGUAAGAUUUAUGAUGCAAGAUGUUGUGGACUUAAGAGAUAAUGGUUGGGUACCUCGCAGAGAGGACAACAAUCCAAAGACUAUUGAUCAGAUCCACAAAGAAGCUGCUGAUGAGGCUAAAAAGGCUCAGUUGAGGAUUCAGAUGGACAAACAACAAGACAAGAAAAUGCCAAGAGGUUAGUUGUUGUUGUUAAAGAAACUUGAAAUGUAUGGGAUUAGUAGGGAUUCCCUUCAAUGGUUUACCUCUUAUUUGAAGGACAGACGCCAACUUGUUAAGCUGGGACAUAAACAGUCAAGUGUCGCUAUUGUUCGUCAUGGUAUUCCCCAGGGGUCCGUACUUGGCCCCUUUUUAUUUAUCGUCUUUGUCAAUGACUUACCGCUUUACGUCACUUCAUGAAAAAUUGAUUUGUAUGCCGACGAUACAACGCUGACUUCCAGUACGAACUAUAGCUCUAUCGGAAGGCUAGAGGGCAUAGGCGUACGGGCCGGGGGGGCGGGGGGGGCUGCAGCCCCCCCAAAUUUUGGGCAACUCAGAUUUUUUGGGCAGCACGAGAAAUUUGGGCAAAGCUAGUUUUUAAAGAAGCUUGCAUGUGUCUGUGUAUUUUUUUUCGAAGAGAUAAUUUCUGUUUCAACCUGAAGUCGGCGUUGUAAAGCCAGUUAAAUUCACACGAGAAAGUGGUUGCCUAGCACGUGAUCAGUUUCUGGUUAUUUUUGAAGGGGAUCAUAUGUUGAUAUACAUUUUUGUAAUUUUGUUAUUGUUGGGCACUGUGCUGCACUGCACUAGUUAGUGUGGGGAAUUUCCAGUCGUGAAUUAAUUAGAGUCAAUUUCGGCAUAACUUUCUAGAAUCAUAUCGUAGAUUAUCCCCUGAAGACUCUCAGAAGAUCCGAGUCACGUGCUCGGCAACCACUGUCUCGUGUGAAUUUAACUGGCUUUACCACGUCCUUUACGGCGUAAAGCCAGUGAAAUUCACGCCCGUAGUUUUUCAAAAAUUUACGCGACAGUGGAAACAAAUACGCAGCUUGCAUAAGUUUUUUGUUGUGUAAAACUAGCGUUAUGCCACAUUAGACAUGUCGAAUCCAGCCCCACAAAAACGUAAGCGGGCCUAUCGCCAUCGCGUUACCUGUUCCGAAUGUAAAAAAGACAUCGUUGCUGAGUACCAAGACGCUCAUGCAAGAACCAAGCAUAUAGGCAAGAGAGUUAAAUUUACUGUUUCUCGGGCGCCAAAUCAAUCGCAUCUAGGUUUCACCGGCGGCGAUGAAACAAUCAAUAUGCUUAAAUACAGUAAAAUUGACGCCGAAGACGUUGGCUCAGAUCUUCAGAACGACAGCAGUACAGAUAUAGUGGAUUCAUUAGAUACUGCUCCAGAUAAGUCAGAAAUCGAGAUGAUUCAAGUGAAUAAUGGUGUUCGGCGUGCUCCGGCUACGUCAGAAUUUAUGGAUGUCGGUGUAAUAGAUGAGUCAGAAAUCAUGGAUAAAGGUAAUUCGGAUAAGUCAGAGAUAAUGGGUAUGGAAAACAUACAUAAUAGUGCUGACAAUGGUGCUAGUGCUCCGGAUACCACGGAAAUUGUAGACAAUGGUGCUAACUCUGAAAUCGUGCAUAGUGCUGAUCGGGAUAUGUCCAUUUCAGUUGUCAUAGAUAACAGUGAUCUGGAAAAGUCACUUAAGUCAGUUAUCAUGGAUAAUGGUGCCCCAGAUAAGACAGAUAACGUAGAUGGUGCGCACAAUUCUUCCUUGGAUACAAAUGUAUAUAGUGGUACUUGCCAAAAGUCCAGUGAUAUAGACAAGGGUCCUCAGCAACCUAUCUUGAAGUGCUACGACCCAAAAAAAUUCGGCAGUGAAUCUUUCUCUAGAGAUUUCAAUCCAGCCUGGUACAAACGUUAUCCAUGGCUGAGCUACAACUGUGAAACAAAGACAGCGUGCUGCUACCCAUGCCAGAAAUACUUAAAUGCCCACGAUUUCACGUUUGACAAUUGGAAGAAGAUAGAGCGUCUCACUAAACACCACAAGAGUGAGAACCAUCAAACGGCCAUGGCGAAAUGGAUUGAUAGCAGAGCAAAUAAAAAGAAAAAUACUUCAAUACUGAGCAAACUCCAGGAAUCACACAAACAAUAUGUGAAGGAAAAUCGCGACUACUUCAAAGUUAUCAUUGAAUGUAUCAUUUUAACGGCCCAACAGAACAUCGCCCAACGGGGCCACGAUGAACAACGUGAUAGUUUGAGUGAUAGCAGUGAUGUAAAUAGAGGUAAUUUUCUGGAACUAAUUCACUUGCGGUGCAAGGACAUAGCUUGGCUGAAGGAUAAACUUGAAAGCCAGCUUCAGAAGCAUGCACAGUGGACAUCUCCCGUGAUACAAAACGAACUGCUACAAAUUAUCGCCGACCUCAUUCGCGAGCGUAUCACAAACGAUGUGCGAACCAGCGGAGUAUGGUAUCAUCUUGGACGAAACAUCAGACAUUAGCAGAACUGAACAAGUUUCACUUUGCCUUAGUUUCGCGCUGAAUGGAACGAAGAAAGAAGCAUUCAUUGGUUUCUACUCCACAAAAUCAACCGAAGGUGAAGUACUGUAUGAACUGGUGAAAUCUGCUAUCACUGAACUAAAUCUUGAUCUCAAGAAAAUUGUUGGUAAAGCAUUCGAUGGGGCGGCUAAUAUGAACGGUGUACACAAGGGACUCUCAACAAGAAUGGAAGAGUGCUCCCCGCUCGGUAUCUACGUCCACUGUUACGGACAUGUGCUCAACCUCGCCCUUCAGGAUACUAUGACACAGAUUGAACCAUUGCGAAACGCUCUGGGAACUAUCCAGGCUCUGUACAACUUUUUAGAAGCGAGUCCCAAACGACACGCCUUGUUUAGUGACAUAGAAGUACAAGGUGAGGAUCUAAAACUGACGCUGAAGUCAUUAAGUACCACGCGAUGGUCAUGCCGGUGGGAAGCCGCAAAGGCCGUACACGGGCAAAUGGAACGGAUUGUAAAAGCCCUGCUCACACUGUCUUCAGACAAAGAUCCAAAAACCUACUCUGAGAGCAGAGCCUUAUUGACAGCCAUUUGCGACUUGGAGUUUGUCUUUGGACUGUGUGUACUGAAAGUAAUCCUGAGCAACACUAAUAGUCUGUGCCGAUAUCUUCAGGGGAAGACGGUCGACGUCAUCUCCGCUCGUAGAAAUGCCGACUUGACCAUUCAGACCCUACGCCAGUGUCGGAGCGAAGAAAGUUUCAAAAGCGUAUGGCAGUUAGCAUCAGCAAUGGGUCUGAAAAUGAAGAAUUGGCUGACCAAUUCUCAGUUUGAAUUACGAGAAGCCAGAGCACCCAGACAAACGCCGUCCCGCCGCCUUCAAGCCCUUGUAGGUGAACACGCGCAAAGACAAACGCAGCUAACACCGGAAUCGCACCAUCGUAUAAACACUUACUAUGCGUCCAUCGACAAGGUGCAGUCCGAGCUUGAGUUCAGGUUUAGCGGAAAUGACCAGGAAAUACUCUGUGAUUUGGGAAAUAUCUGUCAGAGUGAAGCACCUGAUAAAGAAAGCUUCUCCCGAGUUGCUAAAUUUUACAAAAUCGACGGGGAGAUUCUGGAAGCCGAGCAGAAAAUGUACGCGAGUUUUCGUCGUGUACGUGGAUUAGGCUACAUGACUGUUUCAGAAAUAUUGCAGACAAUGCACGAGAAUGAUCUAUUUGAUAUGUUCCCAGUGUUUUCUAGUGUGGUACAUAUCCUUGCAGUGAUACCUGCUACAUCAUGUUCUGCAGAACGAUCAUUCAGUGGGUUGCGCAGAUUGAAAACGUACCUCCGCAGCACCAUGGGGCAACAACGUGUUAGUAACAUCGCACUUAUUAACACUGAAAGGGAAUAUGCCAACUCCGUAGUCAACAAAGACAUUGAUCGUAUCAUUGAUAUAUUUGGCCGUCGAAAUGGCAGAGACAGCUAUUUCUUUUAACGUGCUUUAUGAGCUCAAAUGAUAGAUUCAUAUGUAAGAAUAUUUUCACUUCAUAUGUACGCCUAUGUUAGUGCAUCAUAUGACGACUGUUUCGUAAAAAUUUGGGCAACUUGCGAGAAUUUUUUGGGCAAAUGGUUCACCGCCCCCCCUGGCAAAAAAUUGCCCGUACGCCUAUGCUAGAGGGUACCCUAAACUCGUCAAUUGCCGAAAUCGUCGAUUGGGCAGCUUCGAACAAACUGCCAAUUGAUGAAGGUAAAACCAAGGCUAUGCUAAUCACUGGCAAGCGUCUCGCUUCAAAGAUCAAUGAAGAAAUGACUUAAACUAUUAAAGGAACUGAACUCGAACUCGUUCCCAGUGCUAAGCUGCUAGGUCUCGAAAUUGACUCUGAACUGUCAUUUACUUCCCAUGUAGAGAAACUUUGAGAAAAGCUGUCUCAGCGAAUUGGCGUAUUAAAAAAGAUAAGAUCUUGCCUGCCCACGAAACAAAGGCUAUUGUAUUAUAAUACUAUGAUAAGAUCUGUAUUGGAUUAUGUCAGUUUAAUCUGGACUAGUUGUGAUAAGGAGAAUUUAAGCCGUGUUUUUAAGCUACAAAAGAGAGCAGCAAGGGUAAUUUCCGACGCUAAUAACCAGGCGUCUAGUGUUAAGCUUUUUAAUAGUCUACAGUGGCUUCCUUUUUAUGAAGAAGUGAAAAUAGCUAAAUGUUGUGUGGCAUAUAAACGCAUUAGGGGUGAAGUUCCCUUAUAUAUUGAAGACUCCUUAAGACUCAACAGUCAGCAACAUAGUCGUGUAACUAGAUAUAGUAAUAUAUAUUUUAUUUGCCCAAAAUUUAAUCGGAUCACCGAAGGCGGUAGGUCGUUCCCAGUUUCUACUUGCCAACUCUGGAACAGCUUAAGUCUAGACCUUAGAAAUGCAGUAUCACUAGAAUCCUUUAAGAAUAAUUAUCGAAAUAUCUUAUUUAAAGAGCAGCAGGAAUUACACCAUUUCAUAGUUUAAUCAUAUUCUUGUAUGUAUUUCACUAGCCGUAUCAUUAGCUCUUAUACUCAUUCAUAUUGAUGCAGAACUUUUAUAUUUCCUUAGUUUUAUUUAUUUUGUACUUUGACUUUGUAUAUUCUGAAUCUUAUGCUUUUUGUAAUUUUAAUUUAGAUAGAGGGCCACAAGUUUACUUGUUUUAGUAACUAUUCCGUGCCACCCUCUUUAAAUAAAGUGUAUUAUUAUUAUUAUUAUUAUUAUUAUUAUUAUUAUUGUUGUUGUUGUUUGCUAACUUGAGCUUACAUAACUUUGGAGAUUUGCCGAUUUAUUUGGCUGCCACUAAGUUCUUAGAAGGAUUUUUUUUAAUAAUUAGUUUUAAAACAAAACAAUAGAUGAAUGGUGCAAACAAUGUCCUCAGCACUAUGGACAAUAGCAGCUGUGUUUUUAAAGGUCACUGAAAGUAGAAGCUUCUGAGAACUUGUGGCUCCAGCUUUGUUUUGGUCACUGUACUUGUAGUUCUUUUGGUUCUAUUUUCCUUUAGUUUCUUAAAAAUAGCUGUAGUAGUCGGGGAUAAUCCCCUCCCCUCCUCCCAGACCCUUGGCAACAGCGCUGCUUACUUCUUUUAAAUGCUAGAUUCUUGAAGGGUUGAAAGUGAAAGGGGUAUAAUUAUAUUAAUUAAUAUGUAACUAUUCAACUUGGAACUGAAAACUCUUCUUAAAUAGCCUAAAUAUUUGCAUGAGUUGAAUUUUAUUCAAUACAUCAAACACUGCAUGCCCAAUUAUUAUAAUUAUUAUUAUUAUUUUUUUUAUUGAUUUUUUUUUUUGCCCCACCAAUUUUUACUUUCAAGCGACCUUUAUUUCACGCCAAAUUUUCAACUACACAAUGUUUGCUUUCAACCCUCCAAAUUUGUUGGUAUUUUCUGCUUGUGAAAGAAAAGGAGAAAUAAACGUCACAUCACAAGUAAGCUACGGUUAUUCCACUGUUGUUGUUUUGCUAUUAAUUUGUUUUGGGUUACUGAGAAGGAGAUCAUUUCUUCUAAGCGCUUUUGUUCUUCAGGGAACAUGGGUGAGCAUGAUAGUUCACGACCCUCUAUCCCUCAGGCCGAUGAAACCUGGACAACAGUGCGCAGGGGACCAAGAAAUGUAAAGGUCAGUGACUGGACGCUAAAAAGUUCCAAAACAUAAAGGAGCAUAGAACAUCUUAUAAUAGUUUACAUGUUAUGGGGCAGUUGCUGGGAGGUAAAAUAACAACUUAAGUUUCAAAAGGGAUUUGCUGUGGUGGGUAAUCAUGAACACAACUGAGAAAAUUUCAUUGACAACUUUAAAGUUCCGCUCAUUCUUCAGUUAACUUUGUCUUGCAUUCAAAUAAGUCCCCGGUAUAACGUCUAAAGUGCAGAUUACUAAAUACUUGACAUCCCACGGUAUAGUGUUUCUUUUAACGUUAACCUUGCUAAAAAAAAAUUCAUUAGAGGAAUGGUAGAAAAAUUCAAAACCUAUAAGCAUCUCAGUGAAAAUUUGAAAACCUGUGUCUUGCUUCAGCUCCCUGUGGAUUGUGAAAACAUCUUUGUGGGACCAGGUGGCAGAGCUUAUGGAGCAUGGGCACGAGGCAGUGCUGGUCCAUCAGCUUCUGCUGCGGCUACUGAUGCUGAUAAAAAACCUGCCAACAGGUAACAUUCCUUAACCAUGUUCUCAUGCCUAGGAUUUGAAAAUCCCAAAUUCUAUUUUGUAAAAUGCUGAAAAGGAAACUCUAGGUCAACAGUUAUACAUAUGUGGUGUACUUUUGUAAUUUUGCAGAUGAAAGGACAAUAGUAUGUGCAUGUCCUCUUUACUUUUUAUAUGAACAAUAAGCUUGGAUGUACAAUGGAACGAAUGGUCACCACUAUCAGUUAGUCACUAUCAGUCCAUUUAUGAGCUUUAAAUGAAGCAAUAACAGAGUUAGAGGGAUAUUGAUUAAGGUGGUUCGUCACCUGUUCUCCACGUUUUAUCUUGAUCCAUAAAAAUACCACCCUCCCCUCCCCCACCACCACCACCACCACCACCACGACCAAAAAAAUACCUGAGACCAAUAUUCAGCAAUCUCGACUGGACAGGGUUGGUCAAUGAAGCUGUAUAUGGUAGCGGUCUGCAGUUUGUUUUUCUUAACAUGAAAAAAAUGCCUAUGUUAGGUUUCUUUUCACACCGUUGCAUCAGUUGAGUUCAUAAUUUGCCACGAUUAUCUCACUCAUAUCUGCAGUUCAGACAUGAUUUGUAUGAGCAAAUUUGUCAUAUCCAUUUUUCUAGAUAUUCUACCCUGGCUUGGGAGAGAAGGCACUUAGAUCCUGCUACAAUGUCCCUUGGGGAACCUCGUAGUUCAGUAUCUGGUGGAGGAAGGCGAGGACCUUUCUCAACCCAAGAACGUGAAGAGGCUCUUGAAGCUAUGCGUGCCGUAACACAACCAAAGGUGUGUAUUACUGACGUUCAAACUGCAUGGUAGCUCAGAAUUGAAUGGUGAUAUUUAACAACAGAUUGAACCAUAAAGUACUGCUCGAUAUAUCACUUGGCUUGUCACACUUUAUGAAUUCAUGAAGAGAUCGUCUGUCGAACUACGUGAAAAUGCUGCUCAGUGUUUUAGUGUCUUUUGUAGUGAACUCUCUCUCAACAGAUACCUCCCUAAAAUGGGCACCUGGAGUUGGCCCGUGCAUUUUUUCGAGAGCUAAAGUCUAUGAGAGUAUAGACCACAGAAUGGCUCGAUGAUGGCAAACUUGGUUUUUCUCAGUCUCUCACACACGCAAUUUUGUAAGAAACUUCCUCGAAAUUAGAGGUCUUGACUCUUCGUUCUUAUAGACCACAGAAAUGGCAUCAAAAUGUUCAAAACUUUGCAGUUAAACCACGAGCCACACUUUUUAACUUUACUUCUAUGGUAUAUAAGAGUGUAGACCUUAGACAAUUGUUAUCUAUGAGUUAAAGUGAAUUCUCUAUGGUGUCCAUCCAAAAGAGAGUUGACGGUAAUCUUUUUCAUGCAUUAAGCCGAUGAAGGUAACUCGUACGGUCCAAUCGCUUAUUUCUUUCUAGCGUAAUACCCAGGCAAGCGGAGGGGUUCGAGGGUCUUUCAUUUUAAAACCUGGAGCUGAAAACUUUCUUGAGGUUGCAUUCGUGGGGUCAGCAGUUUCUGUUCCAGUCCAAGAACUAACAGUGGAAGACAUGGAGAAGAAAUCAGUUGCUAUUAUUGAGGAGUACCUUAACAGCAAAAAUAUGACGGUAUGUUUGAGAGAUCGCUGAGUAGAUGAUUGUUUCAGGGGCACCCAACGACUGCUCUCUGUAAAAUAUUUGUGCGGAGAAGCAAAUAUUGCUAGAAUUUUCUUUUUCUUGAGGACGGCUAAAAAAUUUCUAGAUGAACGUUCCAUUCAUGUACAAUUUUCGAAACUUAUCUAUUAAAUUCCCUACGAUUUUCUGAAGUUUAAUUUUUCAUAUUUUACUAACCGGUUUGCACUAUUUAUUUGGGCGUGGCCCAUAUAGAGUAAUCAAAACGGCUUGUUUUGACGCAAAAGUGUAAUAGGCUCGCAAUACGUGCUAACGUAAACAAGGCAAGUAAACCAGCGAAGCGAGGCGAAUGUCUGCCAUGCGAACGUCUUGUGAAGGUAGGAGGCAUGUGGGAAAGAAAGCUCUGCUGUCAGGGUACUUUAUCCCACUUUUACGAUCUCAAAAAUUAAUCUGAGUCUUCAGUAUUUUUACCUCAUCUAAAUUUGGAAGUUUGAAGUCCAGGGAUGAAAUCAGUUAAAAAUAUUCGUACUAUGAACGGUUUUCGUCACAAUAAGACUUUGAGCGAUCUUAAAUUGUUUUGAGAGGUCGAGAGCGAAAGGAGAUUUGCGGAAAAAUGUUUUAACUUUCAGCCUAGAAAGAUUACAAAUACAUUUAGGAAUUGGUGAAUGAACUUAAAAGGAAUUGGUUUACGGUCGGCAAGAAAGGAGCGUUUUAGUGUAUUCACGUGCGUGUUUGCUCGUGAGUGUCAAAGUCACGUUUGUGGGAAAAAGCUGGGAUAAGAUUUAUGUGUAAAUCCAGGCAUUAUACAAGAUCAAAUGCUGCGGCUGCCAGGCUUCUUACAUUGGUAAAACCGGCAGAAGCCUUAGCACGCGACUGACCGAACACAAACGAGCGACGAGGAAUGGUGACGUCAACAAUCACAUUGCUGAGCACCAUUUACCGACGAAACAUCAAAUUGACUGGGGCUCUGCGACAUGUAUAACGUAUUCUACAGACUACUAUCUACGUCUUACUUUAGAAAGCUGGUUUACUAACUUAGAAAAAACGCCACUGAAUCGUAGCCAACAGUUACCAGUGCGGUACAAACGACUUAUUGACGACAUCAAGCAAAAUUAACUAUGAGAGAACGACUGGAGAACUGACAGUUUAACUAACAAUAGACGACUAUUCGCGCCACUCCCUUGCAACGCGAGUAUCUGAAUAAGGGCUCCGCAUAUCAUUUCUGCCCAGUUCGCGUAAGAAUCCAUUUGCUCUGUUAACCGAUUCUUGUUUUAUUAAGAAGGCUGACGAACCGCUCCCGCCCCGGCCAAUGUUACAGCCCAAUCGCCAGUACAGUGCCGAUGACUGACUUUCCCUCGCCUGUGUUUCGCUGGUGCUAUACUCCCAGUUUGUUUACUGCCAUUCCCUUGGCUCCCGUUAGGUUUUUACACGUUAAUGUUUUGCUUUUGAUUAUCCAGUAGCGGUGUUAUUUGUACUGUGCCUCGCUAUCUGCAGUUUUUGCAGUGUUCUUCCCUCGGCCCCUCGUAAAGUUUUAGUGCUUUCCCUUCGGCUCCCGUAGCUUUUUACACGCUUUCGUUGUUAGUAACUUAUGUUUUGCGUGUUUUGCCUCACAAACUCCGGCUUUGUGCAGUGCUAUUCCCUCGGCUCCCAUAAAGUUUGUUGCACGCUUGUGUUUUAUUUUGCUUUAUUCCCUUUUUUUAUUAUUGCAAGUAAAACACACACACAGAAAGGGAAAAAAAUUACACAAUAAAUAAAGUAAUAAAAAGAAAAAAAACAAAUAGCGAAUUUACACACUUACAUGGCAGUACUUACAAAUAUUAAACUAGAUUACAGCAGGGCUAAUUCCAUAUAUUACUGUACUUAGUAUGAUCUAUAAUUAAUUUUUACCUUUUUUUUUUCCUUUUUUUUGAGCUAUUUUGAAAAAAUAGCUCAUAUGUCAGUGGUAUGAGCGUAUGUAUCUUUGUGGCUUUGUAUCUUUGUAUGUUCGGAUGUUUGUUGCAAGAGCCAAUAAGGUUGAAGGUACUUUGAUUUGAUGCUUAGGAACCAAUGAGAUCUUGGCAUCUACUUAAACAUGACAUUGCUAAAGGUCGAACAAGGGCACUUUGAGACCGCCAUCUUGAUUCUUCACAAUUUUUUCGUCUUUUAUUACGGCUACAGGUGUUUGGAAACAUUAUAGCGGAGCUCUGGCGCGCGAAGCGCGCCUGCGGAGCACCAUGGGCAAGUACAUCUACCCAUACCAGAAAAUUUGGUAAUCACGUGACCGUACACCGCCCGCCCGUCCGUCCGCACCACAGGGCAACCAGCGUUUAAUCCUCACACUUUCUAGCCAGUUUGGGAGCACAGGAAGACUGAUAUUGCACAUCAAUGUUGUGAUCAAUUGACAGCUGUCAAAAAGGAGAUCAGCUGACCAGUAUCACCUGACCGUAUCGCGGGCUCAGGUGUCGACCCGUCGAGGUCGAAUAUCUAUUUGAAGUUAUCCGCUGACAAGUUACUAGUUUUCAAAUGAUCGCAGGCUCAAGUUUAUUUUUUUUAAUUCAUAUGAAAUAUGUUGUGUUUUGUAUGUGCCGCACAAUUAAAAUGUUGAUUUCAAACUGACCCCGGAAGCUAAAAUUCAGCCAGUUUUUACAGGCAGGGAAAACAUGCCAGUUGCUUUUGGCUUUUCUCUCCAAGGUCACGCGUUGGUCACGCUCUACGUCCAAUUUUUAUGCUCUGAUUGGUCAAAAUUUGACAGGUGAGUUGAUGCGGAAAAAUUAUGCAGCAUCUUGAAACUUGUUUUCUUUGCUGAAGCUCACAGUGUUUUGUGUCAACUUGUCAUGUUUUUAACUGUCUUUUUCCACUGAAUGUACAAAAUGAAAUUCAGCUGCUAUCAAGAGUCAUCUGUUAUUCAUGGCUAGUUUGUUUAUUGGGUUUUUGGUUGAGAAAUACGUCGCUUGUCAAAGUCGGAAAUCCGAUUUCGGAUCGCAUCGUUUUCGUUUUUCACCUUGCUUGAUGCGUAAGAGGGUUGAAAAGUCUGAAGCGAUUCUGACCUUACUUGAUAGUUUCAUUGCAUCUCGAAUGGUAAGCCUGAGUAAUUAUUGUAUUUGACGUUUGUUUUCUAUAUCUAAUUUAAUGAAGUGGAGCGUAGCUUAUGCGGCUAUUUAGUUUAUGCACGUCUUUAAUUUUAAGAUUUGAGACAAUGAUCUGACCGAGUAUCAGGUUUGAUUAUAAGCUUAUAGAACUUUAAAAAGCCUUUAGACAUUUUCUCACCGCAAAUAGAAAGAGAACGUUCCAAAGAAUAUUUAGUUAUAAUUCUGGCUGUAAAAGAAAGCUUCGAGCGAUUUUCUUGCCUCAAGUUCAUCUUUGAAAAAGCAAACAGUGGGAAGCCGGCUUACAAAAUGAAAAACAUAAACAAGGAUUUUCAGAGACACUUUAAUACUUGUCUUCGUGAAUGAAAAUUGUCUCUGUAUAUUUUUCACCGAAUUAUUUUUCCUUUAUUGAUUGUUAGUAGUCUCUUGCAAUUUUUAUCGCUGUGCCGUUUGUUUUCAGUCGCUCAUGAACAUCGCUUGCAUGCAGGAGUAGUCAAAAAGCCGCGCGUAUCAAACGCUUUUGACGAUUACACAUCGUUAUAAAAGCAUUAAAUAAAAAACUAGGGGUACCUUCCGGCAAGUGCCGACGAGGCGAAUUCGUUUAUCUUUUGUGAAAUGUGCCUAUUCAGAUCUUCGCGAUAUUUUUUUUUUCAUAAUUGCCAACGAGGCAACCGAGCUAAGAAGCGAGGUUGACUCGGCGGCAGAAUUAUAACGCCGCGGAAUGUACGCAAAAACUCUCAAAUUCUGCGUAACCCUCUAAAAUUUGCAUUUUUGACCAUAUUUGGGUGUAAGUAAGACCCCAUAUUUGGGUGUAAGUAAGACCCCAUAUUUGGGUAGUGACAUCAUGGUCUUGUAUUUACAACACGUGGUUCAAGAUUGGGUGAUUCAGUGUGAAGCUGUUCGUUGUCUGUUCAAGAGGGCCUAACUGGUGAGCAAGCUUUAAUACGAUUUCUAGUUUGAAAGGGCAGUUAGUGCUCUGGUUUGCUUCAUAAAUUGCGUUUAAAGCAGCAGCUGAUCAAGGAAUAGGGUUUUACGCUCAAAUUUUUGUCAGAACUAGCUUGUUCUUUGCAGCGCUAUUUACAUUGAGGUAGCGUGAACCAGGGUUUUCAGUGUUCUCCUUUCCUUUGUGAAUUGAAUUUUAAGCGGUAGUUGAUCAAGGCAUAGGGUUAUAUUCUCAAAACUUAUAUCAGAACCAGCAUGUUCUUCGCAGGUCGAUUUACAUUGAGCCAGUCCUCACCUUCCGUGAGGACUGUGAGGAAUGCAACGUAUUUGCGGACCUAAUAUUUUAGAAUUUAUUUAUGUCUUUCGAGAGAUUUUGUCAACCAGCAUGUUUUUCUGCUGCUCGAUUUGCAUUGAGACAGCCCAAAACUCCCGUGAGGAAUGCAACGAAUUUGCGGACCUUUUGUUUUGAACACUAUCAUUAUGCCUUUCAAGACACUCUUUGUCCUGUGACACUCGCUCAUUAGAUCUUUGUAUUUUAUUCAACUUUAUAUUUUUAUACCUCUGAUACAUUGCGCCCCAUUCUUGCGCGCUUUUCACACAUUUUACUUUACACCAUAUUUUUUCUUAUGUAUAUUACCAUGCGAAAUACUUUUCUUAUCCGAUGACGCUCUUGCUCGGAAUUUAAUUAUUAUUUUCAAUUUCAGCAGUCAACGGCCUCAUUUGAACUAUAUUUUUCUUUCUAAUAUUUAUAGCUUUGAUACAAUGGAAUUUUCCAUGAAACAUAAGUGCUAACUUGCUCAUUUUUACCAACAAAGCUUCAAGCCAUGUUGUUAUUGUUUAAUAAAAGUGAAAGCCUAGAAUGUGCCAAAGUUGUUGUUUUGAAGUUGGGUGCCAUCCUUUUCUAUAGCGGAAUCCACUUUAAAUCUCUAAAAUUAAGAAAAAAAAUAUAUCGCGAAGAUCUGAAUAGGCACAUUCCACAAAAGAGAAACGAAUUCGCCUCGUUGGCACUUGCCGGAAGGUACCCCUAGUUUUAGAGGUUUACAAUGGAUUCCGCUAUAGAAAAGGAUGGCACCAAACUUCAAAACAACAACUUUGGCACACUCUAGGCUGUUACUUCUAUUAAACAAUAACAACAUAGCUUGAAGCUCUGUUGGUAAAUAUGAGUAAGUUAGCGCUUGUGUUUCAUGGAAAAUUCCAUUGUAUCAAAACUAUAAACGUUAGAAGAAAAAUAUAGUUCAAAUGAGGCCUUUGACUGCUGAAAUUAAAAAUAAUAAUUAAAUUCCGAGCAACAGCGUCAUCAGGGAUAAGAAAAAUAUUUCGCGUGGUAAUAUACAUAAGAAAAAGUUGGUGUAAAAUAAAGUAUGUGAAAAGCGCGAGAAUGGGGCGGAAUGUAUCAGAGGUAUAAAAAUAUAAACUUAAAUAAAAUACAAAGAUCUAACGAGCGAGUGUCACAGGUCAAAGAUUCUCUUGAAAGGCAUAAUGAUAGUCUUCAAAACAAAAGGUUCGCAAAUUCGUUGCAUUCGUCAUGGGAGUUUUGGGCUGUCUCAAUGUAAAUCAAAAAAACAUGCUGGUUGACAAAAUCUAAAGGCAUGAAUAAAUUCUAAAAAAGGUCCGCAAAUACGUUGAGGACUGGCUCAAUGUAAAUCGAUCUGCGAAGAACAUGCUGGUUCUGAUUAAGUUUUGAGAAUAUAACCCUAUACCUUGAUCAACUACCGCUUAAAAUUCAAUUCACAAAGCCAAAGACAACACGGAAAACCCUGGUUCUGAGUCGAGAAGGGAACGCGCUACCUCAUUGUAAAUCGAGCUGCAAAGAAUAAGCUGGUUCUGACAAACAUUUGAGCGUAAAACCCUAUUCCUUGAUCAGCUGCUGCGUUAAACACAAUUUAUAAAGCAAACCAGAGCACUAAUUUCCCUUUCAAACUAGAAGUCGCAUUAGAGCUUGCUCACCUGUUAGGUCCUCUUGAACAGACAACGAACAGCUGCCCACUGAAUCACCCAAUUUCGGACCACGAGUUAUAAAUACAAGACCAUGACGUCACUACGCAAAUAUGGGGUCUUACUUACACCCAAAUAUGGUCAAAAAUGCAAACUUUAGAGGGUUACGCAGAAUUUGAGAGUUUUUGCCUACAUCGUGCGGGACUAUAAAUCUGCCGCCGAGACAACCUCGCUUCUUAGCUCGGUUGCCUCGUUGGCAAUAAACAUAAUAAAUUCUUUAUUAUGUUGGAGCGUAUAACUCUAUUAAUCAUAAUUUAAAUAGUCGACUUUGGCGCUUGUCAAAAGUGAGAACCGGCUAGCCGUAUAGCUGAUGUUGGAAAUUUUUUUAACUGUUUCGCUAAAAGCCCACACGUGCUGCGAUCGUCCUGAAUAUUGAGUGAGUGCAAUUUGUAUUGCAAAAUUGUGGAAUACUGCAUUCUGUCCGAGGUCUGUAUGAUAAAAGCAGCGCCUCAUGGUACUGUUUCACCUCAGAUGUGAUGUAUAAAAAGUAUAAAAGGUUGGGUUACACGUACCCAGACUUGUUGGCAAGAUUUUGUAAAGUAAACUUGCCGAACGCAAAAAACUCGGCCUGAUUUGUUUUCCAAGAAUUUGUUUUCCAGGCCUACUCUACUGUGAUCAAGAGCCCGCGUUCUUAAAUGUGAUCGAAGAUGAUUGCUAUUUUUUGGGUGUACAUAUAAGGCUAUCAACUCGAUGUAAGAUUAAGUUCACUCUUAGCUUGGACUGUUUGCAAAUUACUUUUCUCUAAAAUCACUUAACCUUUCCCUCAAAAGUCACAUGAAUGUGCUCUAAAGUUAACAGAAUUGUGGAAAACAAGCUUAUUGUUUGAUUUAAAUUAUAAAUUCGAGUUAAUAUAUAGGAGCUUCGCUUUUAGCCCUGGCUAAAUCUAUAUAUUAUUAAAUAUCUUCACGAUUCAAACGCUGUGUACAGUGAUGCAGCUGUUUAAGGGUUCAUAUUUUAGUGUGGAUGCUACUUCAAGACAUUUCUGACCGAAUUCGGCUAUCGCUAACGGUACUGACGCACGUAUUUAUUAGUUGUGUUUCACCUGCUUCAAGGUAGAGUAUAAAAGAUCGUAUAUUUUCAAAGUUCUUCCAGUAAAGCAAUAAUUGAUAUUUAGAUAUCGACUUUAAUUCGAAAGUAUGCGGCCUAUAAAAUGUGGUUUUAGAAGUUUAAAAGGCAGCUUAUCUUUUUGAAAGCUUUACCGAGUAUUGUUAAUCCUGUAAACAAGCUUUAAAAAUAUUUUUCUCUCGCUUACAAAGUUCAACAGACCCUUUUCGUUACGGCAAAACAAACAAAAAAAAAGAAUAAUAAGUGAACAACAUGAUACAUCCUUCCUGCAUACUAAACAUUAUAAUUAUUGAAACGUAUUUUAUUUAGUAAAGAUGCGUAACUUAAGUAGAAACAGUAGCGUUAAUUAGGGUAUAAAAUUGGAAGAAGCUAGUUGACACAAUAAUUAGAUACCGUUUUACUGAGUGGAGUAACAUGAUAUGAGCAGAAAUAUAUUUCGGGCGUUUGAUAAUUUUCUUAGAAGUUAAUAAAUGUUAGGCUAUCAACCUUGACGUUGCAUGAAACAUAAUUUAAUUGCAGAUGUUGUAAUGAAGCCGAGGUGAUUUCUUAAAAUCGUUUGAGAAAAUUUUGUAGUAAACAAUUUGCGUUUUUUUUACGUACGAAUUGUAAAAGGGCCAAAGACCAACAUCUUCACGUGCAAAUUGUGUGCAUGAGUUAUUUUUAUAAUUCUGUUUACUAGAUUACUGUGUGAUAACUCGAAUUCCCUCACGUACGAACGACGAAAGGGGGCAAAGUCCAACACUUUCACGUGCCAGUUGUGUGAUUGUACAUCUCAUGCAGAUUGGCUUUUCACAAUAAUAAUAGUAACUUGAACGUAUGAAGACCUGUUUCGUUUUGUAACCAAUGCCUUAAAAAAGGCUCUUGUCUUUUAGGAGCCAAUAGCUUUUAAAACAUGAAGAAAUAAGUUGUCGGAGUUAAACACUGUUUCAAAGAGUAGAAUCGCACGUGAAAACCUCGUGAAUUGUGAUGAUGCAACCAUCUACCACAAUGAUAAAAAUCCUGGUAUUUCUUAACUACUCGAAUUCGAUGAGUCACACUUUGGCUUAAAGGGAACCUCCACUUCAACAAAAAGAUAACUUUAAAUCACAGGAAAUAACUGUUACAGUCAAGUCAAUCUAAAAUAUUUUUAAAGAAAGCGUUGUGUCCGAAAGAAAUAACUUUUAGGUUCGCCUAUUUUUGUUUUCAAAUUUUGCGGGCGUUGCCAUCUUGAAUAAUUGUGAAGUGUUACGGUUGCCCUAUUGUUAUUAAACAAGAGCUCUUUGUGUCAGAACAAUAGAGCAACCGUAACACGUCACAAUUAUUCAAGAUGGCGGCGCCCGCGAAAUUUGAAAGUGAAAAUAAGCGAUUUUAAAAUUCACUUUUCCUGAUUUAAACACUUUUUUAAGGACAAAUUUCAAACAAAUUUGUUUAUCAACAGAAUUUUAUUCGAUUUAAACUUAUUCUGUAGUAAGAGUGGAGGUUCCCUUUAAGAAACUCCGAGGAAACCUUAGAGUUUUCCUUCUAAUCAACGUUUGGUGAGUAGAUAUUUAUUUUACUUUAACAAUUUGUUUAACUUGCACCAAAUGUAACAGGGAAAGACAGAGGAAAGUGAAUAUAUAGCAUGAGGAUCGACGCAGCUGAGCGUUUCGCGUUUUCAUUUAUGUACGGCAAUACCCAACUUCGCACAAAACCCAGUAUACAUGUAAGAGGAAAAAGGUAGAUUCAUCACUCUUGGUAAGGUUACACAGAAGCAUUAAAGUUACACUAAAGCAUUCAAAAUGGCUCAUGCACGUUUAACGUGUCUAUGUUUUUUCACUUUUUUUGUGGUGAAAGUAAUAUAAUUAUUCAUGGUAGGUGCAGAUAUUACAAAUUUAUGUUUUUGGAGUUAGGAGACAAGACCCAGCGAGGAAAAGAAAGGUUUCCAUUUGUUUGUAUUGCUCGGUGUCUUAUUUUCUAAUUGAUAUAUAUGUCUCAGAUAAAACAAGAAAUUGUUGUGAAUUGGGAAACAUUCUUUUGAUCUGCAUAUCCAGAUAAAGGUCUUAGCUAUAAGACAGAAGAAGUUUAUAUGGAGCUUAAAGGAAGAGCUGUCUGGCGUUAGGCCCAAAGCGGUAGUCAUGUCUAAGUGACUGCCUGGUUGGAGGAUCCGGCACGACUGCAGCCAUAUCGAGAAAUUAUCCCAAAAAUUUUUUGGUUUUUUGGCAUUUCCAAAAUAGAUGCGUCAAAUCCUCUUUCUCGUCAUGGCAAAAAGUACAUUUUUCGUCCUCUUUAACUCCUAUUUUUUGCAGAUAGCUGUUAGUUGGUAAACGUCUAUGUAAAAAUCUGAAAUUAAAAUCAAUUAGUUUUGAGCUCGUUGUACAAGUGUUUGCUGCUUGAAAAACGUUUCUCCAGUCAACAUUUUUAUCGGUUGAAGAGUGGAUGUCUUUAUGCCAUUUGUCUAUACAAGAUAUGGGUUUUUCACUUUUAUUUGCUUUUAAAUGCUUGUAAGCAAUUCUCGAUGAUUUUUGGCUUUUUGAGAAAUGUGUUAGAAGGACUUGCAUACUGCUGAUGUGUUCUCGGGAUUUUUCAUUACAAAGAUUUCACGGCUGAGACGAUUCCGAAAAACAUUAAGGGUUUUACUCGAAUGUUAUAUCUAUUCUGAAGAUGGUCGAGGGAAAAAAAGUUGAGAGAAUUCUCGUCCAUGAGAUGUUUAACUUUUGUUAUACCCUUGGUAAGCCAAUUAUUGCAGAAAACUGGUGAGUUAUUUAUUCUUAUUAUUGAAUUUUGUAACAGAGGUAUAGAGAUAGAAAAUGAUCUUUUGAUACUAUUUUCCUCUCGAAGAAAGGGUCAGACCAAAUUUCUACAAUUUCUUUGAUAAAGGGGUGUUCUAUCUUUAACUUAUCAAUAUCCUUCCUGUUAAGAUUUCCUAAUUCGAAAAAAAGAUCAUUUAUAGUCCUCCUUCUGGGUAGUCAUUGAUCAUGAUCGAGCGUUUAAUUUUAUCCUUUUUGCCGUUCGAUGAGAAAUUGAAAAAAAGCUUGUUGAUCUCUUUUAUUGCUUGGUGAUUCGUUUGCAAGGGUGUGAGUAUAUAGACCAGUUGGGAUGCUACAAGGCUUUUUAGUACUGUUAUUUUCCCUAUCAAGCUAAGUCUUCUAAAUUUCCAGCAUCCCAAGAUAGUUUGGAUUUUUACCAAUUUCUCGUUGUAAUUGAGAGAGAGUGUUAACUGGUCAUCCGUAGAGAGCCACACGCCUAGUGCUUUGACCUUUCCCUUUUGCCAUUUAAAAUUUUUUUCCGGACAGAGUUUUAGGUUGCAGUUUCUUUUAGAACCUAUCCACAAAGCCUCUGUUUUCUCAGUGUUCAGCCUUAGGCGAGAUAUGUUCCCAAAUGCUUCUAUCAAUAACAGUGACGCUCUUACUGAUUCUUCAGUUCCAUCUAAAAUGAGUGUCGUGUCAUCCACAUAUUGCCUUACUUUAACUUAAGUAUUAUAGAUUUUGAUGCCCUUUAUUUCUUUCUUAUUGCGAAUAGCUUCAGCGAGUAUUUCUACGGACAGUAUGAAGAGAUAUAAGGCGAUAGGGGGCAGCCUUGUCUAACACCUCGACUUAACUCAAAGAAAUUGCUUGCCCAUCCAUUGUUUAGUAUGCAGCUUUCGAUAUUGCAGUAAAAUAGUUCAACCCAGUUUAACAGUGCGGGGCCAAACCCAAAGUGCCGUAACGUUUGGUUUAUGAAUGACCACUCUAACGUGUCAAAAGCUUUUUCAAAAUCGAGGAAAAGAUGUAGACCGGGUAAUCCUUUGUUUCUGCAUACUUAAUAGCGCUAUCAAACGUGCGUAUAUUGUCGCUGAUACAUCUGUUUUUAAUGAAGCCUGACUGAUCUUGUGAUAUAAGUUCCGGUAAAACUAUUUUGAUUCGAUUUGCAAUAGCCUUUGAUGCAAUCUUAUAAUCGCAGUUUAAUAGUGCCAAUCGGCGCCAAUAUUUUUAAUCAGGUUGGGAUCUGCGUCCUUCUUUGGUAUAAGCUUGACAAUUCCUCGCCUUUGUGAUACAGCGAGUUUUCCUGUUUGGUAAGAGAAGUUUAGGGCCUCUGUUAGUGUUUCGUAAUUUUUGUUUUGCGUGUUUCGCCUCGCAAACACCGGGUUUGUGCAGUGCUUUUGCUUCGGCUCGCGUAAAGUUUGUUGCACGCUUGUGUUGUAUUUUGCUUUAUUCAGUGAUUUUUGUUUUGCGUGUUUUGCCUCACAAACACCGGGUUUGUGCAGUGCUUUUCCUUCCUCUCGCGUAAAGUUUGUUGCACGCUUGUGUUGUAUUUUGCUUUAUUCAGUGAUUUUUGUUUUGCGUGUUUUGCCUCACAAACACCGGGUUUGUGCAGUGCUUUUCCUUCCUCUCGCGUAAAGUUUGUUGCACGCUUGUGUUGUAUUUUGCUUUAUUCAGUGAUUUUUGUUUUGCGUGUUUUGCCUCACAAACACCGGGUUUGUGCAGUGCUUUUCCUUCGGCUCCCGUAAAGUCAGUUACACGCUUUUGUUAUGCUUUAGUCAGAACUUUGUUUUGCGUGUUUUGCCUCACAAACAUCGGGUUUGUGCAGUGCUUUUCCCUUUUGGUUUUCUUUGUUUUAUUCAGUUUGCGUUUGUUAUGCCUGCUUUGCCCAGUAAGCUUCGGUUUGUGCAGUGAUUUUUCCCCGGCUCCCCUCGAAUUUGCACGCCUUAUUUCUUUGCUUUGUGUUAUUCAAUUUUAAGUUUGUGUUCUGCGUUCUUUCCCUCACUAAUUUAUUCUUCCUUCGAUUCCCGUAAAGUUGGUUCAUCACUUUUGUUGCAUUUGUGCUUUAUUUGGUCAAUCUGUUCGGUGUGUUUUAUUUUACACUGUUUACAGUGGUGUUAUUUCCUCGGCCCUGAAGAUUUUGAAUGAUAAUGUUUUCCUUUGCAUUUUUCUGUAAUCUGGUACGCGUGUUUCGCCACGCGGCGUCCAGUUCUACGGGUUUACUUCCUUCUCCCAGUGUAUUUGCUCCCUUGUGUUCCUAGUUGUUUUGCUAAUCUUUUAGUUUAUGUGUGCUAUUCGUUCCUCGCCUUUUCUGCCGUCAUUUCAUAUGUUCUUCUUCCUGCGCCUCCAUGGUAGCCUGAAAGGGUGUCUAAUGCCCUAGUCGGAUUACUGACGCUCAGGCUGCCGUCCCUUGGGUGGGUUUUUCUCGCGUCUCUCUGCGCCUUAGGUUUCUUUUUUACCUUGGACCCUCAUCUCCAGUUUAUUUGCUUGUUGCCACUCAAGGGUUGGCAGCCUAUUCGUGUUUUACCACGCAGUCCUUUUGGUAUUCCCUGAAAGACCUCCUUGCCCAGCUCUCAGCAAGUAUCAGCAGUCUAGUUGUUUCAUUAUACUCUGAGUUUAUGAGUACUUUUGUUCCACCCCUUCCCUGUCCUUUCCACUUCCAACUCACUCAAGCGCGGUACCAUUUCUCCGUCUCUUAUUCAGCGAGCGUGAAAGGGACUGUCGCGAAUAGUAUGCUGUUAAACUGUGACAAUACAAAUUACCUCAUCUCGAAUACUGCAGUCCUUUGUUUGUAGGCAUAGGUACGGGUCAACGCAACCGUCUCGAAGAUGGCAACUGUUAUAUUUUGAGAAUCGGGCACAACAAGUCAAUGUCAUACGACGAGCUGCUCACUACGGCUAGCAUGACAUCCUUAUACUGUAGGCGCUUACACCAGGCGUUAAUACUUCUUUUUAAAUGCUUAAAUGGUACGGGACCUACUUAUAUUGGAAGCCUUUUUAAAUACAGGCAUACACCGUAGAGGCUAAGAGACGAGGGCUUGAAUUAAGAAUUACCUAACUUUAAUCUUAAAUUUAAGAAGAAUUCUUUCACUAAUUCAUUAACUAAGUUAUGGAACAGUUUGCCUUCUCAAGUGCGUCUUUCAGGUGAUGCUAAUGACUUCAGAAGUUAAUUGCACGAUUGCAUCUUUUUAGAACGUGUCUUAUAGUGCACGAUUGUAGCUUUUAACUGUUUUUAGAACGAGUAUUAUGGUUUUUCCUAGUCACAUUUUUAGUAUGUGGCUUUUUGGUCGGUUUUAGCUUUUUAUAUUUUAUGUUUUUAUUGCCAAGUUUUUUAUAUGUAUAUAUUUAUUGAGUUGUUUUAAAAUUGAACAAUAUUAUAUAGCUGUAAUUAUUAUAGAUUUUAUUUAUUCACGUUCGUAUUUUGAACGAGUUUUUUAGAUCUUUGACGUAACGUGUUAAAAUAAAUAAAUGAUUGAUUGAUUGAUUGAACAGCGGAUCGAAACGCACCAAUCACUGAUUACGAGUCUUCAUAGCCAAUAACAUCACGGCUUAACUGACAGACCACCAAUAACAUCGUGACGUAAUUGACCAAUCAGAUCAAUAACCAGAGUAUAACACCAUCAACUGACGUGAUACAACUCACUUUGACUCUGAAGAUGACUACCGCACAGGUUGUCGAAAAGUCAGUCACUGUAAACAAUAACAGUCCUAUUCAGGACUACGUUCACCCGGACGAUCACACUCAACCUUCUUUUGAGAUUUAUGUGUGUUGUCACGUUGAUUUUUUUCCUGAGUAAAGCAUUGCAGUAUGUACUCUGUUUGUGCAGGUUAAUGUACGCUGUUGUUCGAGAGUUUAUCUUGAUGAUCUUGUCUGACAUCAAAAUUUACGAUUCACUGUGAUUUUUUAGUGUGGGCCUUUUGCGAACUAUGUGUAUUCUAUCUUGUGUGACAUUUGUUUGACGAGAGGAUCGAAAUGCACCAAUCAUGGAGAGAGAGAAUUGUAAUUACAUGUUUCCUAAGAGUUCAUCUGAAUUUGUUGUUUUCAUGUCCAAUUUCUUGUUCUUAUUUUGUGAUUGGUUUAUUUUGUUAGGUAGUGUGGAUAAUCCAAUGAGCGACGAUUUGGAUAUCGUUUGAUCCGAAAUUUUUCAAAGCAGCAGUAAGAAGCAGUUUGGAUAAAAUUUGGCGACGGUGUUUCGAGGAACGUGUUAAUUUAAUUGUUGAAGUAUGUUAUCGGACGUUAAACUUACAAAUGCACACACUGUUCGCGGUAGGCCCACACUGAAAAAUAAUACUUAGUGUUUUCGGAAUGGGCUGGUCCUCGAACUCAAAGAAAAACAAUUGAAAUUUUCAAAACAUUCAAAGACUCAUGGACCUCAUAGACGCAAUGAGAAAUCGGAAUGUCAAGAGUGUACGUGUAAAAUCGAUAAGAGUUUGAACAGAGGAACGUGUAUCAAGUUUGAGAGUCGCAAGAUUUGUGUAGCUGGUAAUCAGUGUGACAGUAGCGAGUUUGAUUUUCACAAUGCAGAACACAAGGAGUUGCCUGUGAUAAAAAUCUGUUGCGAUGAAGGAAGAGACGAUUGUCAACAAUCGAGACCAAAAGGGACUCCGGCUUCCUUUGGAACUACUGUGACAACUUUAACAAUUCUUCUUAUUCUUUCAAUUUUGUUUCGCAGAGUGACUGUUAAUGUCGUUGUUUUUGGUAUUGCGCGUUGUGCUUUUACAUGUUAUUGUGUACAGCUAUUUCGAGAAAGGUUGUCGGAAAAAGUGCACGCGAUAAUCCCGAAAGGUAUCGUGGGUGGUUUUGAAUUCACUGUUGUCCAACGAAGUUUGAGAGAGUAACACGAGAGGCCACGGACGUAUGUUUGUGGGACCUAAAAGAAAGCAACAAAAGUAGGUUCAACAGCUACAGUGUCAGGAACAGUGUAUUGAUCAUGUCCCAUGUUACCUUUCGGGAUUGUCGCGUGCACUUUUUCUCCGACAACCUUUCUCGAAAUAGCUGUAUAUUGUGACGCAGUACAUGUAAGACUCUCGGUGUCGGGAUUUUGCAUUAUCAGCAAGUUUUGUUUGUGACUGUUUUGAUUGCAGUGAGGUGACGACAGGAAAAGGUAAUAAGUCAAUUGUACAGAACGAAAAUUGUUUUCUGGGGGAAAUAAAAGAAUUUGAAUUGAGAUAUCGCCGUGAGAAAUUUAUUUAUAACAGAACUUACAAUGCAGUUGGUUUUAAUAAGGUAAGUCGUUUUUCUCGACGCGGUCGGGCACCUAGCAGACUACCAAUGAAGAAAUUAAAAUAUUUAUUACAGUAAACACGGAAAGUGAGACUUUUUGUAUGGAAGGGAAUUCUAAAAAAUACACCGUUGUCGUCUAAAAUUCAUUGUUACGUUAAAAAUACAAAUGGUUUAUACUUAAACCGGUACAGAAGUAACUGUAAGAGUGUGAGGUUCUUAUGGGCAAGUCCGAAAUUAGUUCGUAAACGAGGGAAGGUUUAUCUGUCUUCUAAGCAGGAAAGAAGAGGCUAUUUAGGUGGGGUGAGCAAUCAAAAUAGGGUUUUCAGUAAGUAUUUGUCCCUCUAUCCAUUUGAUAGUGCUUAUAAGAGUUUGAAUCACCGGGUUAAUUUUGGCCAAUUUAAGAUUUCUACUGAUAUCUAGAAGAAUCCAGGACCUUCAGUUUAUGCAGAUGCUACAAAAAUAAUUCAUGCUCCAUACUGUCAAGGAAACGUUGCAGUAUUUGGGGAAAAUGCUGGUCAACAGUGUGUUGCAAUGAGUCUAUGCGCUUUAAAGGUCAAAUGAACCAAAAAUUCGACAUUUUUUAUUUUAGUUCAAUUCUAGUGAAAUAUGUUUAAUAUGAACCGAAUAAACAUACUAUGAAGUUUCAGCUCAAUUGAAGCAAGCAUUUCCGAGAUAUUCGCAAUUAAAAAUUGUUAUUUUUUGGCCCUUAUCUUCGUAGAGCGGUCGGAAAAAUUGUCGGUAAAAACAGCUUGUCACGUCAAUGUUGGUCAGGUGAAAAAAAGCGGGAAAUUCAAAACAGUGUUUUUCGAGUCGACUUGGCGCAGAAAUUGUGGUGGUUUGUGCGGCCAUAAACCUAGAAAGAACAAGCAAUUUGUCUUCAAAAAUUGCAAGCUGUGGUUAUUACCUUAUUAUUUAAUUUUCUUGAAGAAUACAUCAUAGUAAAACGGACUUUAACGACGGCAUUAAUUUCCUUGCGCUGUACUGGAAAUGUGCGUGCGUAGGUCCGAUUUUUUUCAAGAUGUAUUCACAAAAUGUGUUCAUAUAAGGAAGUUUCUGGAUAUAUAAGGUCCGGAGCUCCACUGUGGACACAAAAACAAAAUAUCUUUGUAAAGUGAUUUGCCCAAAGAAAUUCACGUUUGCCCACAAUGUGUUUGAAGUCAUUGAACUUUGUCGCACUCGAGCUGAUAUUUUAAAACCCACGCUCGAUCGGAACCUUUUGCUUCGCAGAACACUAAAAUAUAAACAAAAUCCUCAAUGUAGAAGUUUUGGCAUUAAUAUGUGGGCACAAAAAGAGUCAAUUGUUUUGAAGCCACUGCCGGCAGUUGACGUUCUCAGCUACUUCACAGCGAGUGAAAAGGGAAAUUUGCGUACAGAAAGAAAACAAAACUACGUAACUAAAAAUGAAAAAGAAAAAAAAUACUCUGACUUAAAAAAAUACUCUGACUAUUAUUACUUGAGCAACGGAAAAGUGAUCGAAGUAGUCUGUUCUUCUCGAAUAAGCUUGCUAGCCUUCUAUAGUUCUGAGGAAGUUUUAAGCGCUCAAGUUUGUUCACUCGCAAGCGUUAGCAUUACGGUUCUUUGACAUAAGACAAGGAUAAAGCUGGUUCUGCAAAGGUAAAUGAAUCUAGGCAUGUAAAAAACUAACCGUAACAACUAAUAACAGAAUACAAGCGGGUUUUAAUUCAACCCGACGAAAGAAGGGGAAGCACUGGACACAAAAUCAAUUUACAAAUCGAAUGCACAAUUAUCAGAAAAAUACAAACCUCUUUGGAAAUGUUCAAAACGUUUUAUUCCUCCUCAGACUGACGGAAUGAUCUGUUUUUACUCUAACAUUGGUUGUUCUGAAUCCAAAGUAAUUUUUAAGUGACGAAAAAACAACAACAACGACAAAAACAAACAAAAAAAGGCCUUUACAAGGAGCAAACGUUCGCACCUCGUGUAUUUCAUUCAGUCUCAGUCAGAACUCUCACAACGAGACAAACAAACGCAGGCGAUAAGGGAUGCGCAGAAGCUUGCCCAGAACGUUUUUUUGCCCUGAAAGACCAACAUUGACGUCACGUAGUCUCCAGUCUAUCACGCGGCCAUUUCAGAAACGUUUUCUUGAAGUCUUCGGAAAUACUCGGAUUUUGAUCUUUUAUCUUUCUUUAAAGGCUUGGGAAGAAAAAUCUUUACCCAGAUCUCACUUAGGAUGGUUCUUUUUAGUGUUUGGUGAAGGUAAAGCGACAAAAGAAAAUAUUUGAAUUUUUUGGUUCAUUUGACCUUUAAUUUACAGUAAGAUAAGAAGGAUUACUUCAGUUGAUGAUAUGAUUCAAAUAAUGAUUGUUGGUGAUCAGUUAUAUCCUAGUCUGUCACUGCUUAAAAGACAAUCCAUGUUAAUGUUAACAGAAUUGCCAGAGAUGGUUGCAGUGUUUGAGCGAUUUUUUCAGCUUGAAUACAGUGAAAGUUAUACUUGUAACAUGCAUGGUGAUGCCAGAGUUGAGGGUAUUACUACUGUAUAUGCCACUGGGUACAGCAUUUGAAACACUCUUGGCUCUGAACAACAACUCAUUCAUUUUAACGGUGGGAAUUAUUGGUGUUCGUAUCUGCAGCACUGAGAGAUAUGUAUGGUAACAGUCAUAGUGGAGCUCCGCGCGCGAAGCGCGCCAGCGGAGCACCAUGGGUAAUUAAGUCUACCCAUCCCGGAAAAUUUGGUAAUCACGUGAGCUACCGACCGUCCGUCCGCACCACAGGCAUACCAAUGUUUACUCUCAUACUAUCUAACUACUUUGGGAGCCCAGGAGAAAGCUGAUUGCACAUAAAUGUUGUCAUCAAUUGACAGCUCUCAAAACAGGGUAUCCGCUGACCAGUAUCACCUGACCGUAUCGUGGGCUCAGGUGUCGACCCAUCAAGGUCGAGUAUUUUUUGAAGUUAUCCGCUGACAAUUUACUCGUUUUCAAAUGAUCACAGGCUCACGUUUACUUUUUUUUUUAAUUCAUAUCAAAUAUGUUGUGUUUAUGUCAGUAUCGCCCCGCACUAUUACGAUUCUGAUUUCAAACUGACCUCAGACGCAAAAAUUCAGCCAGUUUUUUAAAAAACAGGCGGGGAAGACCAUGGUCACGUGUUGGUCGCGCUCCACGUCCAAUUUUUAUGCUCUGGUUAAAAUUUGACAGGUGAGUUCAUGCGUAAAAUUUAUGGAGCAUCUUGAAAGUUGUUUACUUUGACAGCUGACAGAGUUUUGAGUGAACUUGUGAUGUUUUUAACUGUCUUUUUCCACUGGAUGUAAAAAAUGAAAUACAGCUGCUAUCAACAGUGUUCUCUUAUUCAUGGCUGGUUUGUUUAUUGGGUUUUUGGUUGAGAAAUGCAUCGCUUGUCAAAGCCGAUAAUCCGAUUUCGGAUGGCAUCGUUUUUGUUUUUCACCUCGCUGGAUGCGUACGAGAAUUAUAAAGGCUCAAGCGAUCCUUGCCUUACUUAAUAGCGGGUUUCAGGAGCUGCAUCUCGAAAUAUGGUAAGCCUGAGUAAUUAUUGUAUUUAUAUCUAUUUUCAUGAAGUCCAGCGGCGCAGUUUAUGAAGCUAGUUUAUGCACGUUUGUAUUAAGAUUUGACUGAGACACUGAUCUGACCUAGUAUGAGGUUUGAUAUAAGCUUAAGCUUACAGAACUUUAAAAGCCCUUAGUCGAUAUUAAUUCACCGUAAAUAGAAAGAAAAAACUUUCCGAAGAAUAUUUAGUUAUAAUUUUGACUGUAGAAAGAAAGCUUUGAGCGAUUUUCUUGUCGUGAGUUCAUCUUUGAAAACAGCAAACACCGGGAAACCGGCGGCUUAAAACAUGAACUUAAUCUUUAAGCUUACUACAGUAAAGACUUGAGGAUUCUUAGAGACACUUAAAUACUCAUUUGUUUUCGUGAAUGAAAAUUGUUGUCUCUGUAAAUGUUCUACCGAAUUAUAUUUCUCUAUUGAUUGUUGGUAGUCUCAAAAGUGUAAUUUUCAUCGCUCUGCCGUUUGUUUUCAGGCGUUCAUAAACAUUGCUUGCAGGUGUACUCAAAAUGCCGAGCGUAUCAAACGCUUUUUAAGAUUACACAUCGUUAUAAAACCAUUAAUAAAAAAUAGACUCAAUAAAUUCUUUAUCACGUUGCAAAUUUGGCGCUUGUCAAAAGUUAGAACCGGCUGGCCGUAUAGGUGAUUUUGGAAAUUGUUUGAACGGUUUCCCUAAUUAAAAGUCAACGCGUGCUUCGAUGGUCCUGAAUAUUGAAUGAAUGCAAUUUGUCUUAAAAAAUGGUGAAAUACUGCAUUUUGUACGAGGUCUGUAUGAUAAAAACAGCGCCUCAUAGUACUCUUUCCCCUCAGAUGUGGUGUAUAUAAAAAAAAAUAAAUAAACGAUUGCUUUGCACGCACCCAGAUUUAUUGGCAAGAAUUUGUAAACUUGUCGAACGCAAAAAAUUCGGCCUGAUUUGUUUUCCAAGAAUUUGUUUUCCACGCCUUAUCUACUGUGAUCAAGAGUCAUUAUUGCUCUUAAAUGUGACCGAAGACUAUUUUUUGGGUGUAUAUAUAAAGUUAUAUCAACUCGAUGCAAGAUUUGUUUCACCCCAAAAUCACUUAGCUUUUCCCUCAAAAGUCACAUGAAUGUGCCCUUAAGUUAACUGAUUUGUGGAAGACAAAAUUAUUGUUUGAUUUAAGUUAUAAAUUUAUCAAUGGGAGCUUCACUUUUAGCUGUGGCUAAAUCUAUAUACUAUUGAAGGGACAUGUGUAUUGCUGAAAAUACCAUCCAUGCCUAAAUUAGUACAGUAUUUUGAGAGUCUAUAUAGGAAUGAGGAUAUAUAUGAAUUUAAAGGUGUACAUAUUGCCAACUUUGAAGUAGAUUUUUUUUCAAGCGGUGUUGAAUACCUGUAGUAUAUCAAAUGUUAAUAGUUUAUACCCAUGUUGUUGUAAACAGUGCUGUGCUAUAACAGUUUAUGCAAUGUGUUACUGUUAUAAAUCCUUGUGGUUACUGGACUUCAGGAACUUUAUCUGCCCUUGUUAGUAACCGGAAUAGACUGUACAAUGUGAUGGGUGUGAAAAGACAUAUUAUGCCAGUCGAUCUUCCUCAAAGUGUCAGUAUCAGUAGAGCUGAGAUAAACCUUACUGUCCGGGCUGUACGCACUGGUGUCCGAUGUUGCAAUUUGGCUGAGGGCAAGUUUGUGUUGAAGGUGUGCGUUUCAAAACAUUGUCAUGAAGUGACAGGAUUUUUGUUGUGGUUUGGAACAUCCUGUAUAAGCUGUGUGGUUCAGCAAAGAAGUAGGGUAAAGGAUUUAUUUUUUGUGGUGGGAUAUCAUGACAGUUGUUUAGCUGCUAUAAGGCAUGUUAAAAGUAUGAUACGCGUAGUACAACCACGCCCAAAUAUACGCUCCCACAGCGUCUUGUUACCCGAAGGGAAGAGAAGGGUUAUAAAAUGGCCUGGGUUUUUCCUUCGUCGUCGAAUCGCCCUCUGCUCUUUAAAGCGCAUGCCUGUACUGGCGGAAUAUCACGUGAUCGAUUUCCAGCAAAUUCAUUGGCCUAGAAUCAAAAUUCCCUUGACAUGUCGAGAACGAAAGGCAGCUUUUUGGUCAGUCGGUAGCGUUAACGUUGUGGUUUUGUUGCCUCUAUGAGAGAUCGACAAUUCUUUUGGUCGAAUUGUUUAGUGCAUGUGUAGUCUAGAGGACAGUGCAUUCCGGAACUGUAAGACAAACACAGUGGUUCGAUCCGUUUAAUCGAGAUCGGCGUUGCGAUCGCUGGUUGCGAGAAGAAAGACAUGCUAAAAAGGUGGGUAAUGUUCACUUUUUAUGUUUAGUGCAAGUCACGAGAAUUUAUAUAGCAGUUGAAGAAACACUAUUGGGCUUUGUUUUGGCGAGUCAGCGUGUACCGAGGUGCAAGUAAGAAGCAGUUUUGUAAAACGUAUGGACCGUUUUUGUGCUAAAUUGUACAACUUGACUGUUCGAUCUGAACAAACACGUCCGCACACGUCACUGUUAACACCUGAGGAAUUUUAUGCUUUAUAGCUUUUAUCGAAAAACAGUAAGAAACAUUAGAAAAUUUAAAAGCAGAGAAAUUCCUUUGAUUUAGUAUUAUAGCAUAGUUUGCACGUAGUUGCAGGAAAGUGGCAGUCAAUACCGUUUCGGUGCAUUAAUUUUCAUUAUUAUUCAUUCAAAAUAUUUCCCCGAUUCUGAUUGGCUAAAAGCACACGUUUAAUUCACCAUAACCAGUUACUGAUGACCAAAUUUGAAGAAUUUUGUGUUUAACGAGGAAAUGAAGUCAAAAAUGCAGCGUUCGUGCAGGUUAAGGCACCGUUAACCGAGAAGACCUGGGGACGAGGUUGAGUUGUUUUGGUUGUGGAAACCAAAAUGGCGGUCAUUUCACUCGUUUCAAGAGUAAGAACUAGGCGAAAAAAUAGCUAAAAACAUGGCAAGAACAGCAAGAAGACAACUCGAAGGGCGACAUCUGCUAUUUGGAGAAUAUUUCCGGAGCUGGACAACCUAAACGUGCACGAUCGAAGAUAAACUUAACAUCGAUGGAGGUAAGCAUGUUUUAGCCAUGUUUUUAAACUAGGAAUUAUUCUGAAUGAAUAAUAAAACAAUUAUUGAAUUCGGCUUUCGUAUCAUAUGAAGAAUUAUGGAGAUCUCGGAGGGUAUUAUCCGCCUCAGCCUACGGCCUCGACGGAUAACACCCUCCUCGAUCUCCAUAAUUCUUCAUAAGAUACUCAGCCUCAUUCAUUAAUUGUUAAUUCAUCAGAACGGGCGUCGAUAAAACCAGGAACACGGGACAUUCGGAACAUGCCGGAACAUGAAAAAAUAAAAAUAAUUUUCGUGAAAAAAAAAUAUAAUAAUAAUAAUAAUGAUAAUAUAAAGAAAGGUGCUCAGUGUAUGAACAGAAUGAUUGACUUGAGUGACUGACGCUCUAGGUGCAUGGUUUGCGCCCGGCUGAUGCACAAAAAGAACACCAGCAAAGACUGUGAUAAUAGAGACAAUAACAAUAUAAUAAUAAUAAUAAUGAAAUAUUUUUUGCAAAAAUUAAUGAUAACGUAAAAUAACAAAAAACCGAAAGGGAAAGAAAUAAAGAAAAAUAAACUCGUAUCAUCUCCGGGUAUGAGGAAACAAUAUUUUGUCGCAAAUAAUUUGUGGGGCGAGGGUCCAUGCAAAUGACAGUAAUGAGUGAAGGUUUGCUUCUAAAUUCAAAAUAUAUUAAAAUGGGUCGCGAGGAGGGGGGUUUCAAGCUUUCCUCACACAGCCACCCCUUGUAAUUGUUUGUCAUGCGGUUUAACGGUUAUCCAUUUACAGCUUUGCAACCUCAAGAAGAGCUUAGGGGCUCGUCGCUUUGAACUUUAGUAGAUACUGAGAUUCACAUUCGCCGUGAAUCAGUUGCAGUGGGAGUGGUAGAGCAGCGGUAGUUUCUAACUGUUAUCAGUUAGCCUGAAUUGUAUCCGUUUCCCGAGUCGCAAGUGAAGUUUGCGACUCGAGGAGAUGGCUGAAAUUCAAGCUAGAUCACAGCCCCCUAUUUUCCUCCGCCAAGUUGAAGAUUGCGAUGGCCGCUGUCAAAGUGAUUUGGGUAUCCUCUGACGAGUAAACUGGUGAGAGUGAAGUUGGUGCUGAUUCGAAUGGUUUGCUAACGUGUGUGUGUGGAACUAUAACUUUUAUGGGAGGGGCUGUUGUGAUUCCCGUGAUCAUAGAGAUCCACACAGACUUCCUAUGCCCGUUUCAGACCCCAGACAGGACACUGACAGGACGGAACCAAAUGCUCCGAGAUGAUGAUAUAUUUAGCAAGGUGGAACAAACAAACAAAGACGGACGGCUCUUUUCCUUUCUAUUCACCUUUGACCCGGACACGUAACAAACGGAUACUGUAUAUAAUAUUCAGUGAAUUUAACUGAAAAAUAGUGUUUUCAAAAAUAACAAGUCGCAUAACCAAACCUUUAAGUGUCUUCGAUAAAUUAGUCUUGGGUUCGAAAUAUAGGGGGGGGAACAGCGUUUCAGCACACUGAGUGGAAAAGAAUGCAGCGUCACAGGGGAUACCCAAAUUAAAUGAAAGCGGCGAUCGCCAUCCUCCACCAGGCGGGAAAAAAGAGGGGACUGUAAACUAACUUGAAUUUCAGCCGUCUACACGAGUCGCAAACUCCCCUUGCGACUCGAGGAGACGUCUGAAAUAUCAGGCUGAUUGUAAACAGUAUAGAAACUACCACGAAUUUGAGUAUUGUCAACUAAAAUCGAAAGACAGGAGCCCCUUAGCUAUUCUUAAGUUCACAGAGCCUAGUCCGUAAGUAAUUCAUGUCAACCUCAAGAAAGCAAAGCACCUCAAGUAAGCACAUGUCGGUUAUAUAUAACUAUUUGUUGCCUUGACAUGAGCUAUUUAAUUACCGACUUGGCUUGACACGAGAUACUGCACCGACAUUUCAGACCAUCGCAGAGCCAAAUGAUUAACUCAUGGCAAACAAUUACAAGAGGUAGCUGUGUGAGUAAAGCUUGAACACCCCCUCCUCGCGACCCAUUUUAAGAUAUUUUGAAUUUAGAAGCAAGCCUUCACUCAUUACUGUCAUUUGCAUGGACCUUCACUCGCCCAACAAAUAGCCACUCUGGAUAGCCUAAAAAGCGUUUUCAACAUAUUUUGGAGGAAACCGUCGUUGGGUGCCCCUGUUGUUUUAAGCGAAAUACCUUUUCAAGUUAAAUAGAGCUGAACCUUCCAGACAGAUUUAACUCAAGGUCACUGCCCUCAUCAUCAACAUCAUCAUGAUCAUUGUUUUUUUUGUUUUGUUUUUUUUUUUUUAAUAGGAAGUAGCUGUGUGCCUAAAAGAAGUCCAGUCACCGUCAAUUCAUUAUGUCUUUGUGGAUAAAAUUCUUAACCAUACCAUGGAGAAGAGGGCAUCACACCGAAGUGCAACUGGCAAGCUUCUGCAUUUCCUGCUACGCGAUGGUGUUCUCACAGCUCAGCAGUAUUUGCAGGGGUAAGAGUGGAUUUUUAAUAAUUCUGAUGUAACUGUAGGGACUGUCACUAAGAGCCUGGGACCGGGUGUUUACCGUGGCCAGUACGACCCCCCAGCACCGUCAUAACAAACAAAAGGAAAAUAGAACCGAAAAAAAUUCCAAGCUUUUGAGUUUCCCACCUACUAACGGCAUAUACCCGGCAACCUGAAAUCUCAGCGACAGCCUGUGAAGUCAAGUUUGGGAAAUAUUUUAACACAAACAGUGCUGAAUGUAACCCCUUCACACCACAUAACAGCGAAGUACAGCUUUGACGCCAACAAGUUAGCUCCUCCUAUUUUACAAUGACUAGACAAACAAAGCUUUCAGUAAUAAGAAAUUGCGGAAUGAUUGAAAUUUUUUCGAGUGCGAGGCAUCGAAAGGCACAGAUCUUACAGAAGGCGAAAGGCAUUCACUGGGCUGCUAUAGAACUUACACUAAACAGAGUAUGAAAACAAAAACGUAACAGAACAGACCGUUGACGGUUUAUAAGAAGAAGUAACUAAAACACUUAUGACUCAAUCAAUUCCAAGCGUGCCCAUCCACCCCUGCGCAUUUGUCAUUUUUUUUUAUUAUUAUUAUUCGGAGAGCUAGCCUGCCGUCGAAAGUGGUAGGGGAUAAGGAUGAAGGGAAAAAGGGAGGGGGAUUGGGAAGAGAGGGUAAGGGAGGCAGCGUGGCCGAGUGGUCAGCGCGUCGGACUCGCAAUCCGGCGGUCCCGGGUUCGAGUCCCGCUCUGGCCACUUGCUGGAUUUGUGCUCGGUCGUCCCGAGUUCAAAUUCUCGGCCACGCUUGUAAAUAGCCAACUGGUUGCCUUCUGCCAGUUGGGAUUUUUAACCCUGUUAUGUUGUAUUUGAAUUAUUUGUUUCUAAAUAUUUGAGUGGAGUGCCUGUAAAUUAGCUGACUAGCUAAGUGCACCUUCCACUAUAAACAUGCCUUUAACCUUUAACCUUAACCUGCCUUCCGUUUUCCCCGCUUUCGCGCAUUUUAAAUUCCCCUUCCCUUUUUGCGCCUGCCAUGCAGGCUACGGAAAGCUGCAAAUGCCCAGCGGUGGGGCAAGCAGAUUGACACAAAUAUCCCACCGUGGGUCGUUCGUAGUAGGUAGUGGAUAACUUAACCUCCUUCAAUACAAAUAACCCUAAUUAAUUUGGAGAUGAAAAAAGUACAAUGGAGGUUUCCUGGGUGUCUAUAUUUUUGAGAUACACGGAAUAGAAGCACGAAAAAUACGACAAAAAACUCUAAUUUAAAUUUCGUCCCCGUUUUUUGCCCGUAGUCGUUCUCGUCCUUAAUCUUAAAGUUUCUAGUGGUUAUUCUACCAGCAAAUGGCGACAAAAUGAGUUGAGAAACUUCGCCCUAAAGGGGCUUUCUGAUGCUUUACUGACUUCUAGAAGGGAAAAUAAAGCUUUUUCUUCUCCCUUCCCCUACAUGCAAUGUUGUGCCGCUGUUCGAGAUACCUAUAGUAAACAACAAACACUUAAACUUUGAAUGAAGGGGAGGGGGAGGGGUGUUGAUUCCGGCUUUUGUUCUCUGUAGUUACCUAUUUGAGUACAAUGUCUCAACAAUUUUGUCGCCGAUUGUGUGUAAAAACAUCAAAAGUUGGAAGUGAGCAAAAGUUAAGGAGAGUUGGGGAAGAAAAAGAAAGGAAACGAUAGCAGGCAAACUCACGAAAAUUGAAACCUAUAGAUGCGAGAAAAUUUGGUUAUGACGUCGGCCUACGCCCGUCCGUCUGCACGACUGGCAGGGAGGGACAUAGUAGACUUUGCAAGGGAGGAGAUGGGGAAUCCAAGUCAUGCAGCUUGCGUUUGUCGUGGCGAAACGUUAACCAGUUCAGCAAGAGACACCAAUGGAGUUUUUACAAAACCAGUGGUGGCAUCGCGAAAUUUUGGCUGUUUCCUGACACUAACCACAUAAUAAAUUUAACUUUGUCACGCUAUUGGUCACGCUUCAGCACCAAUCUAGUCUCAGAUUGGUCAAAGUUCUGACAGGUGAAUUUAUGCGUAAAAACGAAUGCAGCAUCUUCACUGAAGUUUGUUUAUCGACAACUGAAACGUCAUGUACUUUAAACUUUUGUUCUUUCAAUGCUGCCACAACGUGAAAUACAGCCGCUGUCAAUCUCCUUUUGUUGUUCAAAGUUGGUUUGAUGGUUUGUUUAUAUAUUUGUGGUUGAGGAAAGCGUCGCAUGAACGGGUGAAUUCAUAUUUAAUAGAUGGCAGCGUUUUUCAAAGUUCAUGCAAGCUUUUACUAACCUGCCUAAUUCACUGCCUUUCAGGACCUGUUUCCUCUCUUGGUGGAGGUUGAUUAUUUAUUGUCUUCCUGACUGGUUUACUUUCCUUAUGAUGUCAGGCGUAUAUAGAAUAUUUCAUGGAUAGUGUGCGCGGACGGUAUUUACGCACGUGUUGUUGACUUAUAUCGCUGAAGGGUGCGAUAAGUGCUAAAUCGGAGAAUAGUAUGAUAGGAGUUGUGAUCCAUUUAUUGAGUUCUGAUUAUACGAUUAUUUCGAUUUUCGAGUUUCGUUUUUGAAUUCUCCGAUUUUUCGAUUCUUGCCCGAUCGUUUCGACUUAACACUUAGACUAGUUCUUUUCAGUUUCAUUCGUUUUGCGACUACGAUUCUUAAGAAAAAAGCCCGCUGCAAAUGUAAUAUUCCUUAAGCCAUAAAGCAAAACAGGUGAGUCAAAGUAAUAAUUCCUCGUUCUUUAAGCCAAAACGAAAACAAGCCCCGAAACUAACCAGACUUGCCGAAAGACGCAUUCACUGGGCUGCCACAAAACCUGUGUUGCAUGAAAACGAGAAGUUUACUAACACAGAAAGCCAACAGCUUAUGAUAAAAGGAAUUAACCCAAUAAACCUAUCCCAAUUGACCCAUAGGCCUCAUUCAACCGAUUGCACUGAGACUAUAAAUUGAAAUUCAGCGAAUCUUAUCCCCACCCUACUGUAAUUGUAUAUAAUCUGUGCUUUGUCUUUACAAGAGUUCUGUUUAGUCAAGCAUAAAUUUUCUUCAUAUUCCAUCGUCAUAUGCAUGGGUCUAACCUAGCCUUCUCCACUGUGAUUUUGAAGGGUGAUCUGAGGAGCGAGAGAGGUAGACGAUGAAACUAAACUAAAAAUAGGCAGUCUGUGACUGCAUGUGGCGUAUUGUAUAAGGGACGACGUCUGACAUGUGCAGACUUUAUACAGCAUUAGUAUAAGCUAAAUCAAAAUGGAACUAACCGCAAAGAAACCAGAGUAGAACAAAUAUCAAGAAAACUGUGGGUAUGCAGUCUGCAAUUGUGACAUAGUGAUACAGGGGUACAUGUCCCGCUAAUGUUUAAUAGGUAUCAGUCCAACAGAUAAUUCAGAAAAUAACAAAGAGUUGAGUUUGACAGUUCGGGAGUAUGCCAGUUUUGGAAGAAGCGAAAACAAUGGUCUACGUCACCAACCAAAACAUGAUCACCAUGGCGAUGGUCAUUUUCAAAACAUACAAAAUGGCGGACAAGGGAGAGGAAAGAGUAUUGACAGAAAUUCUCGUUUAUUCUUGUUUCAUCGAGCCUUACUAUGAAUUGGGAAGUACCUUGAGGACAAGGAGUAACCAUUCUUGCGCUAUAGUUCUUCGCUUAUUGCGCGCUUUGUAGGCACUUCGUACUCACUGCGUAUGUAAUCAGUACAUCGAAAAAAGGAAAGCACGCUAACAAGUUUGUGCCUAUUUCUUUCAUUAAUUUUCUAUAUUAUAAGAAAAAAGAAUGCUUUGGAAACGACUGAAAAAGUGAGUUGUUCUAUAAUUUAUUUCCUUAUGUUUGCAAAGAGUAAGUUUUACUGUAAUUUUUCCCGUUGCUUCUGUUUCUCUCUCGGGGAGUGAGCGACUGGCCGGCGAAGACGGCUGUAAUUCAGGGUAUUGUUUUGGUGCAAGCGAGUCAGUUGUGAGUAAAAUAUCUGUUUUUUUCGAAUAUGAUGUUCUGUUGGUGUAUGUCCUGAAGCGGUUCCGUCCAGGUAUACAACAGGUUUACAAGGGAUUUCUGAGGGUAUUGUGUCCGCGUUUUCUUCUUGAAAACCCACAAACUUAAAAUCUUGCUUAUCAGCACUGAUCAUUUUUUCUUUGUCCCGCUUCAAAAAAACCUACUGCUUUCAAUUAUUCCACUGUCUGAAGUUCACUGAUUAUUUGCUCAAGCUAAUUAACAAAUGCAAGAGACUCUUUAGAAUUUAAUAUACAUAUUGGAAAACUAAGAAUGCCUGUUACAUGUUUUUGGAUAUAUCGAUUAAAAUGGGAUACUAUAGUCUUGUAGUCCACCGGAUUUGACGAGAGGUCAGGUAUCAACAGGGUUAUGGGUUGUUAUAAAAUAUCCUCUUAUAUGGGAUUUGAUGUAUAUCCGAAUAAUACUAAAUUAUUGUUUUUAACUCCGGGGUUGCCUUCAAACCAAAGGCAUUGUAACUUUGAGGAGCACUUUUCUCCAAGUCUUCUCUGUGGGGACCCUCAAACAAUUCUAUUAGAUAAGGUUUGGCCCAAAACAAUAAUGAUUGCUGCACUUGGUAUGGACACAACAUAAGUUUUCCAAAGUUCCUUUUCAUGGUUCUCCAUGUUUCUAUUGAGCAGCACUUUCAAGAAAACAAAGCUCACACAUCAGAGUAAAGAUACAAUUAUAAAAGUUAUUAAUUUUAUUGUUACAUUUUGUUUUUUGUAAAUAAACAUUUUAUUUCUGGUCCUGACAUAAACUACGAGCAAGGGAGCUAUGCAAGUCACGCAGACCAUUAGCAAAAAUAAAGUAAAAACAAGUGUAACUGCAAAUUUUACAGAUUACGUUUGAGCAUUCUUUUUACUGAUUAGGGUUUAGGUUGGGGUUAGGGUUAUGAUUAAGUGCUGUUUGGGGUUAAACACUUAUUUACCAUGGUUAGCUUUCAGUUGAUUCUUUCGGUAUUACUGUUUUCGAUUUUUAUGUAUUGUUUUCAAUGAGUCGUAUCUGACCUGCAUGACUCGCUGCCAUGGCUCGCUGGCUCGCAUAUUAUACACUCUCUUAUAUCUCAAAAUCUUGUUUUUAAACACCUUCUUGGACAUGAAAACCAAAAACCAAAGCUUAAUUGAUAUAAUGAAGACAGUAGCAGUUGCCAUAGGUUUUCAAUAGUUAUCUUGUGAGAUGUCUCUCAUGUAUUAUUUAUUAGGGAGGAGGAUUUGUUGAAGAUGAUACAUUAAUAUAGAUGCUUUUUCGUCGAGAGAAUCUCAAUAAUUUAGGAUUUAUUCAAAGACAAACAUAUUCAAUAUUAUGACAUAAAAUGUGGGCUUAUUGCUCAUGCAAAGGUAUUGAUGGGGGAGAGUGUGGCAUUUUUCCUGUUUCAGAUUGACCUUUGCACAGCACAGGGACUGAACAUAUUAUGCAUUUGGCAUUUGUAAAGUAUAAACAAUAUUUGACGCAAGGGAUUGAACAUAAUGUGGAGAAAAUCUUCACAAGCCUCCGCUUCCAUGACUCCUUCCUCGUCUAUCUCCUUUAAAGCCCCUUGAAUAAGGGCCACAGCGUGUCUUCUAUGGUUGAAUGGUCAUUGAGUGUGAGCUUCCACUCACAAGGUAUAUAAGCCCCCUCCAACCUGUUUCCCUCUUACCCAUUUUUGAGAGGGAGGAGGGGCUUUUGUGGUGGUAGGUAAGCCUGUGACCACACUACAAAGAAACAAAAACACAUGUUUGAUUUUACUGAGGUAGGGUUGAAUUUGGACAUUAAAUUUUUUAUUACAGAGUAGCACGAGGCGUACCCUGGUCCCAGAGGUUUUUCUUGAUUUUUCUUCGCGAAAGAGAUCAAGAGCAAACCGCGAAGCGGCGUCAACGAGUCGCGAAAGCGACGAGGAGAGACAGAAAAACCUCUGGUUACCUUGACCUCGAAUCUCACUUCCAUGCGGACGACAGCUGUCAAACGCGUCAAAUUGCUAAUAAAAAGAGUGACCAAUGGCAACUUAGCAAACACGUGCUUAUCAGCCGCUAUUUUUUUAAGUGGGGGUAGACCUGGGGAAAUUAUGUUAUGAACAAACCAUCUUCACUUGGGUGGUAAAGAGUGAUUUGUUAAUCGGAGUCAAGCUAAAGCAUGUGUUAACAAUGGGCGACAAGAGUCCAAGAAUAAGAAGACCACUUUAUAAAGAAACCGACAUUGUUCCAAACGAAUGCUGCAGGAUUUGCAGAAUUUAUUUGGGUAUAAUAACAAGGAUUUUUCACAAACAUUGUCAUCUGUUCUGUCGGCAGUGUGCCAGCGGGAAGUUGUAAAGUUUGCAAGAGUCUAUCAAUCGCGCUUAUUACAUUGUUUACUUCUGCGGGGCGCGCCGUUCGCGUCGAUUCGCGGGCAUUCCCCUGAAAAUAGUAAUAUUAAUAUGUAUUCUGGCAAUCUGGCUCGCAUUUUGGUUUGGUUGCUCCAUUUCCUUUUUUUGUGGAACAGCGACGCUAGGAAGAGUCAUGCAGCACAACAAACCCUUAAGGUUCGGAAUGUACUUUCAGAGGUUUUUGUUGGCCCAAUAGACCUAUUCGGCUAACUCAAUGUACCCAAUUCAAACCCUUUGGGAAUAAAACGUUUUGUUUCAGGAAUUUCCAUAUCAUUUAAAUGUGAAUGCCACAUUAUAAUGCAAGUGCAAUACACAAAGAAUCUUAUCCCCGGGAGAUUUGAAUUGGGUACAACAUUGAGUUAACCGAAUAGGUCUAUGCCAAAAAUAGCGUCGGUUAGAUCUUUUUGGGCGUCGCAGGAAAAUCAAGCUGCACCGAAAAUGAUUACGCACUUGUACAAAGUUGUAUGUUUUUUUUUUUUCCUACAAGGAAACUUUCAUUCCGUAUUCGGAGAUUUUUAUUUUGCUGCCCUAAACAAGUUAGUUUAUUUAAUGGAAUGACAGUAUUGUAACAGAAAAUAUACUUUCCAUGUCCGGUUGAUAAAAUGGUGAACACAUCCUUUCGACUCAACGCAGCGAACAAAGCUUUCUUUUGUUGCUCAGUGAGACUCGGGAAAGCGCUCAUUAAGUACCGAGGUCAAAAUUUCUUCGAAUAUUCUUUCAGGAACAACAUCCAUGGCGUGCCUCUACGUGCCUUGGUCCCGUGCAAAUGUUAUUGCGAGUGCAGCAUACAAACAAUUUUCUUCCCUAGUAGAGAGAGGCAAAAUGAGGUGUGAAAAUCCUCAGCGUCCCCUCGGUAGUUACGAUUAAACGAGCCAAUCAAAUUGGUUUGCGCGUUUGAAAAAAUAUCAACCAAUCAACGCCCGAGGGUCAGAUCCUGACCCUGUCGUCUGCAUGGAAGUGAGAUUCGAGGUCAAGGUAACCAGAGGUUUUUCUCUCUCUCCUCGUCGCUUACGCGACUCGUUGUCGCCGCUUCGCGGCUUGCUGUUGAUCUCUUUCGCGAAGAAAAAUCAAGAAAAACCUCUGGGACCAGGGUACACGAGGCGAAUCUAAAGCAACAUUUUGCCCUCAGAGCACAAAUAUGUCGUUCUGAAGAUAUUUAACAUUUGUCUUCCUUGUUCCUUUUCCCAGCUUUUUGGCACAAACGCGACAACAUGUUUGUAAUAUGUCCAGAUGUUUGUCUACAUUUUGGACGGACAUCCUGAUCAAAAUAUAAGAAAUCAAUAUAAGAACCUACUCACACUGAUUUAAAACUCAUUCCAGACACAUGAUCUGGAUUUCUAGAUCAGAGUCGCAUACAUUGCCGGUGAACACAACCAAAAACAGACUUGAUCGCUUAUAACUAAAAAUACAUAGACAGACUAAGGCAUAACCAUCAAUAUAGUAACCCUUCCUGUCCGUUGGCAAUUUUCAAUGUGUGGUUACCACUUUUACUAGGUUGUUACCAUCGAUGAAACUUUGCCUGAACACACCUUACACGUUGUAGUUUUGAGGAAAAUUAGUCUUGAUUUCGUAAAAACUGGGAAAGAUACUGAAAACUAAACAUAAAGACAUGUACUUACAUUCGAUGCCCGUCAAGAUGGCGGCGACGUCUUCGAACGCUGUUUAAUAACUGUCGAUUUUAACUACCGUAAUGUGGCACGAAACUGCUCUUGACUUUCAAAAAGCAAGGAAAAGGCUUCUUCAUCAACACUGCUAGCUCGGAAGUCCCGGAUAUUGAACGAGUGGACCUGGAACAGGCUUUGAAAAAAGCUCCCUUGUUUUUGGCGUUUAUUUUUUCCCAUUUUUGCGUAUUUUUAGCAGAACAAUGGAAUCAUGACGUCAUCGCUUCUUCCAAAACUGGCAUACUCCCGAACUGUUUAACGUAACGUAAUAGUUUUUAUUUGAGAUGCUUGCUGAAGGUUUGUACUAUAUGUAAAUCAAAGCCAAAUAACUAUUAGAAUUUUUUCAAGUAACACUGUUAAUAAGACAAGGCAAUAGCGCUAAAAGGAAACGGUGCAAAAAAUUGCUAACACGACUGAACAAUACAACUAGGAGAUUAAAACUACGCUAUAAUGUAAAAAGUAAACAAACACGCUAGAGAACAUGCUACAAUGAGGGACAAAAGUGUUGACACACUUCCGUAAAAUGGCCCCUUUUUGCAUAGUGGAUAUACUUAUCCCCUUCCCCUGUCUACCCCAACCCCUUCCCCCCAAAAUCAAUGUUGAAUUUUGGACCCUCAAGUCUUUUUUUUACUUCAGACAACAUUGAUUCGGGGGGUCGGGGGAUUUACGGCCUUUAAAAGGAAUGAAAUAAUAAAUGAAUUAAAUGUUUGUUAAAAGCACCCCUUUUCAACAAGUGUGUCAACUACUUUUGUCCCUGAUUGUCUGAAAUAUGUAUCUGUGUUUUCCGGCUAGAUUUUUGACGCUGCUGAAUUUUGUGCGAUGACGUUACUCUAUGGGCCAAAUUGGUUGUUUUUAAACAUCAGUUUAUAAAGUUUCGUCCUGAUUUGUAGUGUACGUAGAGUAAAAUGUACGAAGCGUAUGUCAUUACUUAAUCUUGUACUCCCGCGCGCGUUCCUGAUACCCUGUCGGGUCGAGACGAAAUCAUUUGUGUUGUGAUCAAUGCCGUUGCUGCGGAUGUAAUGUUUUCACAAGUAUUAUCAAUAGUGGAAAAAGGAUGCAAAUACUAAGGUACAAUGAAAAUUGUUCUGGUAAAUGGUUAACUUAAGCGAAUGAAGUACUGCAGAGUAACAGAGGGGACAUGCAUUAUUUUUGACAUUGACCUUUUCCAUUAGUGAAAGGACGUGAACAAUAUACAGGUUAUGAACCUCAUAAAUGAUGGGCCAGCCGUUUGUGCUAUGCCCUAUAUAUAGAUGUGUUUUUUAUUUUUUUGAGACCUUUUCUAACCUAACUGAUCCAAACCUUUGGCGUAGGUAGGCGUCGAACAGGUUAGACCAGGUUAGGAAUGUACUUUUGUAAUGAUUUUACAUGACCGCCUGCUGAUUGUUUAUUGAUGUUGGACGGACAACUAUUUCAUUUCCCAGCUCGCAAAUCACAGAAUGCCAAAGAAAUUGUUUUCAAGAUAGACACACCAGUUUGUAUCAUCGCCAAUACAGCAAUUACUUUGGCCCAGAGGUUCACUUGAUGACAAGCAAAGCGGGAUAACACGCGAUCGAUGACGUCCGUGCGCUGGAAAAUUUUCGUUUUUUAUGCGCUAAUUCCUCACAAAAGGCAAAAGAAGAUUCCGCUAUGUAGAAAGUGCUUCGCAAUACGUAUUCUUGGCGAGAAAAAUUCCAGCGAUGUGGUGCAAAUAAGGAGUUUCAACGGUUAACCACGAGAAUACAUAUCGACAUUAAGAGGUCAUAACAGACUAAGUUACUUUCCGUUUGCCGAAACGUGGUUAACCGUUGUAACACGAAGGAAGCAGUGUUUUCCUCAGUUUGAGCUGCCGUUUUCUUUGAGAUUCAAAUACCAGUUCACGUUUCAAAGCUCUCUUUUCAUUUUCUCUGCCGACAAUAGACAAAAACAAAGGGUUUCGCUUGAGAAAUGCAGUCGAAAUACAGAGACAUAUGCGCUUAUGUCACGCUAUUUGUUGCGUUAUCAUGUCACACAGGGUGUCACGAGGUGGGAUUGAAAGUAAUUGUUUUCGUGUACACUUGCAAUGUUUGCUACGCUGUCCUUAGUUUUUUAUUGAAUUGGCCAUGAAUUUACCUCCACUUUUCCGUAGUUUCGAUAUUCAACGCAGUGACGGCCGCUCCUCACUAACGCUCCAUAUUUCCGUGGCCGGCCAGUGACUAUCCCCACUACGUGUCAAUCCUUACCCUAUCCGUGAUUGUUUGGGCCUUAACAAUCGGAUAAAGUGAAGAACGAGAAAUAUUCACUUUAUUAAAAAUAUUUUCAGUACGCACCCCCUUGAAAUUCAUCAAAAGUUGUACAUAGGCGCGAGUUUCAGCGUCAGUUUUUCGCUGGUAAACCAUAUCGACGUUAAAUAACAAUUAUUCACCGAAGUGGAGGUGGCUAGUCGUGGAUAUUUUACCGAACUGCGAAGCAGUGAGGUAAAUAUCCACAACUAGCCACCGACACUGAGGUGAAUAAUUGUUUUAGUAUAUACUAAAACAGUGAGAUAAUUGAGCACAAAAAUGAUGAUUUUAACUCAAAUACUGUUGCCAACGAUUACAAUUUUGGCGCGUAAUGACCGGGCGGCCGCGGCCGUCGCUUUUUCUUGCCGACAAUUAAAACUUUUGCAGACAUUUGUUUAGCUCUUGCUUGAAAUUUCUUCAAAAAAAAAGGUGUGCAUUCUUUUUGUAUUUAAAAUCAUUCUAUAACAAAAGAUUAUUAAAUUUAGUUUUAAGCUUAUUUAUGAACAACUCAACUAAAUAAAGUAACGCAAGACUUAAACUUAAUUUGCAUUUGUAAACAAAAAUUUUUUCACCGGUUUUAUCGAUAAAUUUGUGUCAAAAAGACAAAGCUUUACCUGUUAAAACUUCCAAUCCGAACUUCGUCACCAUCUUCGUGUAUUUUGGAAACAGCUUGCUUGAUUAGUUGUGAAAUUUCUUUGUUUGUUUACGGCAGCAAACCGGGAAGGUAUUUUGCUCGCAACUUACGCGAGUUUGGCGUCGCUCGCUCGGAGGAACUGGAGGUGAAUCAGUGAAUAGUGCAGGAUAUUCACUGAUUGAGUAGCCAAUCAGAGCGCGUGAAAAACACUAUCCACUGUUUUAGUAUAUACUAAUUCUGGAUAUCGCAGCCCUUUUAUUGCGUCAUCGCGUAAUUCGAAUUGGCCCUAUAAUUCGGUCGUGAAUAAGUCUAUGUCACCCCCACCACCAAUAACGUAAUUAUGUCAUUGAUUCCUUUAAUCUCAGUUAAAAUCAGUGUCAUACACGGCUCAACUUGUGUGCAGGAGCACAAUUUUGCAUUCAGACAAUGAGGGACAAAAGUGUUGACACACUUCCGUAAAAUGGCCCCUUUUUGCAUAGUGGAUAUACUUAUCCCCUUCCCCUGUCUACCCCAACCCCUUCCCCCCAAAAUCAAUGUUGAAUUUUGGACCCUCAAGUCUUUUUUUUACUUCAGACAACAUUGAUUCGGGGGUUCGGGGGAUUUACGGCCUUUAAAAGGAAUGAAAUAAUAAAUGAAUUAAAUGUUUGUUAAAAGCACCCCUUUUCAACAAGUGUGUCAACUACUUUUGUCCCUGAUUGUCUGAAAUAUGUAUCUGUGUUUUCCGGCUAGAUUUUUGACGCUGCUGAGUUUUGUGCGAUGACAUUACUCUAUGGGCCAAAUUGUUUGUUUAUAAACAACAAUUUGUAAAGUUUCGUCGUGAUUAAUUUGUAGUAUACGCAGAGUAAAAUGUACGAAGCGUAUGUCAUUACUUAAUGUUGUACUCCCGCGCGCGUUCCUGAUAUCCUGUCGGGUCGAGAGGAAAUCAUUUGUGUUGUGAUCAAUGCCGUUGCUGCGGAUGUAAUGUUUUCACAAGUAUUAUCAAUAGUGGAAAAAGGAUGCAAAUACUAAGGUACAAUGAAAAUUGUUCUGGUACAUGGUUAGCUUAAGGGUCCUUAAGCGAAUGAAGUACUACAGAGUAACGGAGGAGACAUGCAUUAUUUUUGACAUUGACUUGUGCCAUUAGUGAAAGGACGUGAACAAUAUACAGGUUAUGAACCUCAUAAAUGAUGAGCCAGCCGUUUGUGCUAUGCCCUAUAUAUAGAUGUGUUUUUUUUUUUGGAGACCUUUUCAAACCUAACUGAUCCAAACCUUUAGCGUAGGUAGGCGUCGAACAGGUUAGACCAGGUUAGGAAUGUACUUUUGUAAUGAUUUUGGAUGACCGCCUGCUGAUUGUUUAUUGAUGUUGGACGGACAACUAUUUCAUUUCCCAGCUCGCAAAUCACAGAAUGCCAAAGAAAUUGUUUUCAAGAUAGACACACCAGUUUGUAUCAUCGCCAAUACAGCAAUUACUUUGGCCCAGAGGUUCACUUGAUGACAAGCAAAGCGGGAUAACACGCGAUCGAUGACGUCCGUGCGCUGGAAAAUUUUCGUUUUUUAUGCGCUAAUUCCUCACAAAAGGCAAAAGAAGAUUCCGCUAUGUAGAAAGUGCUUCGCAAUACGUAUUCUUGGCGAGAAAAAUUCCAGCGAUGUGGUGCAAAUAAGGAGUUUCAACGGUUAACCACGAGAAUACAUAUCGACAUUAAGAGGUCAUAACAGACUAAGUUACUUUCCGUUUGCCGAAACGUGGUUAACCGUUGUAACACGAAGGAAGCAGUGUUUUCCUCAGUUUGAGCUGCCGUUUUCUUUGAGAUUCAAAUACCAGUUCACGUUUCAAAGCUCUCUUUUCAUUUUCUCUGCCGACAAUAGACAAAAAAAAAAAGGGUUUCGCUUGAGAAAUGCAGUCGAAAUACAGAGACAUAUGCGCUUAUGUCACGCUAUUUGUUGCGUUAUCAUGUCACACAGGGUGUCACGAGGUGGGAUUGAAAGUAAUUGUUUUCGUGUACACUUGCAAUGUUUGCUACGCUGUCCUUAGUUUUUAUUGAAUUGGCCAUGAAUUUACCUCCACUUUUCCGUAGUUUCGAUAUUCAACGCAGUGACGGCCGCUCCUCACUAACGCUCCAUAUUUCCGUGGCCGGCCAGUGACUAUCCCCACUACGUGUCAAUCCUUACCCUAUCCGUGAUUGUUUGGGCCUUAACAAUCGGAUAAAGUGAAGAACGAGAAAUAUUCACUUUAUUAAAAAUAUUUUCAGUACGCACCCCCUUGAAAUUCAUCAAAAGUUGUACAUAGGCGCGAGUUUCAGCGUCAGUUUUUCGCUGGUAAACCAUAUCGACGUUAAAUAACAAUUAUUCACCGAAGUGGAGGUGGCUAGUCGUGGAUAUUUUACCGAACUGCGAAGCAGUGAGGUAAAUAUCCACAACUAGCCACCGACACUGAGGUGAAUAAUUGUUUUAGUAUAUACUAAAACAGUGAGAUAAUUGAGCACAAAAAUGAUGAUUUUUAACUCAAAUACUGUUGCCAACGAUUACAAUUUUGGCGCGUAAUGACCGGGCGGCCGCGGCCGUCGCUUUUUCUUGCCGACAAUUAAAACUUUUGCAGACAUUUGUUUAGCUCUUGCGGGGAAAUUUCUUCAAAAAAAGGUGUGCAUUCUUUUUGUAUUUAAAAUCAUUCUAUAACAAAAGAUUAUUAAAUUUAGUUUUAAGCUUAUUUAUGAACAACUCAACUAAAUAAAGUAACGCAAGACUUAAACUUAAUUUGCAUUUGUAAACAAAAAUUUUUUCACCGGUUUUAUCGAUAAAUUUGUGUCAAAAAGACAAAGCUUUACCUGUUAAAACUUCCAAUCCGAACUUCGUCACCAUCUUCGUGUAUUUUGGAAACAGCUUGCUUGAUUAGUUGUGAAAUUUCUUUGUUUGUUUACGGCAGCAAACCGGGAAGGUAUUUUGCUCGCAACUUACGCGAGUUUGGCGUCGCUCGCUCGGAGGAACUGGAGGUGAAUCAGUGAAUAGUGCAGGAUAUUCACUGAUUGAGUAGCCAAUCAGAGCGCGUGAAAAACACUAUCCACUGUUUUAGUAUAUACUAAUUCUGGAUAUCGCAGCCCUUUUAUUGCGUCAUCGCGUAAUUCGAAUUGGCCCUAUAAUUCGGUCGUGAAUAAGUCUAUGUCACCCCCACCACCAAUAACGUAAUUAUGUCAUUGAUUCCUUUAAUCUCAGUUAAAAUCAGUGUCAUACACGGCUCAACUUGUGUGCAGGAGCACAAUUUUGCAUUCAGACAAUGAGGGACAAAAGUGUUGACACACUUCCGUAAAAUGGCCCCUUUUUGCAUAGUGGAUAUACUUAUCCCCUUCCCCUGUCUACCCCAACCCCUUCCCCCCAAAAUCAAUGUUGAAUUUUGGACCCUCAAGUCUUUUUUUUUACUUCAGACAACAUUGAUUCGGGGGGUCGGGGGAUUUACGGCCUUUAAAAGGAAUGAAAUAAUAAAUGAAUUAAAUGUUUGUUAAAAGCACCCCUUUUCAACAAGUGUGUCAACUACUUUUGUCCCUGAUUGUAGGUCACGAAAGAAGAACAAGCGUGACAAAUAGCACGUGACUCGUGUCAAGAGUCAUGAUACGAAACAAGAUCCUAAAACAUAACAAAAGCGAUAGUAAACGAGGGUCAAACUGAGGUUGUGAUCUUAGGUACAAUUUAACUUGCUCCCCACUGACCGCCGCGCUCUACUUUCUGAACGCCUGGAACAAGCUAUUGUGAUCUACGAUAUCGCACAAAAACGUGACACAACAAAGCAAAACGUACAACGGCUUCGUUCAGAUGAAUUAUAUUUUUUUUAACUUUUUUUUUUGACUGAAAUUGUAGCUAUAGAUACUAUCUUCUCACCAGAUGAAUCUUGUUUUCCAGGGUUUAUGAUUUGCAGCAAUACUAUGUAAAACAGAUGAAAGAGGAACGGUGUUUUUUUUUUUUUUUCAAGCAUUUUCUUACGUUUCUGCCUUGGAUUGUUCGCUCCCGAAGGCAAUCUUGGCUUCCUUGAAAGAGAUAAUUCGCUGCCAGAAGGACUUGACUCUUGAUAAGGUUUGAAAUCG